AUGCAAGUCCCCCCCCCUCCCUACCCCGCGCCAGCCCCUGGAGUUUGUCGCGGGAAUAUUGUCUGUCGGAGCCAGUGGGCUGCUGGAGAGAGAGAGAGACAGAGGCGUGGCCGCAGGAGGCGAGAGGCAGUGCGAGUCGGGCUCCCUGCGCAGAGCUGGCUUUGCUCGCGUCUCUCUCUGUGUGUCUUUACGCGCGCAGGGGACCCUUCUUCCGAAAGGUCAGCCUGGAGAGCCUCUGCGCUUGGAGGAUCGGACGCCGGGCAACGGCACCAUGGAAGGCUCCCCAGCUUUCUGGGCGGUCGCUUUGCUGGCUCUUCUUCUGGGCGAAUCAACAGGUGGGAAGCGAGCGGGUCGGAUCCCUUCUGAAACGGCGGCGUUCCGGGAAGCCACCGGCGGCACCUGGCGCGCUGAGGACGGUUGCGCACGGCAGCCGAACGAGGGGCGCGCGCGGAAAGGCACAAACGGUGCCCGGGUGGGAGGCGCGUCCUUAGGUUUCGCGCCUCUCCCUCGAGAUCCGUGCCGGGGAUCUGGGGAUCGAGGAGCACAGAAUAUGCACACGCCUGAGGGUCAGGCGGAGAGUGGGGAAAUUGGGGGCGUGGGGGGCAGAAGGGAUUGUUUGGCAACCAGCUUGGGUGGCUUCACGAGUUUGGGCGAAACAGCGCGGCAUCUUUUCCCCCACAGGAAGGGCAGUUGGAGCUCGAGGUCAGCUUCACCCGCUUCCCAUUGGGAAGGGAUCUCGAACCCGGUUUAAGUUGUAGGCGGCCAGUGGGUCAGUGUUUGCAGUCAUGCCAAUCACGGGAUGCGCCUUGUCUUAGGCUCCAGCGCUCCGAUCCGCAGGCGCGUUAAGCGUCAGGAAAGGCGCUGCAGGUUUAUUUUGCAAGCCGCGAUACUUAAGUGCGCAACUUUAAAGUUAUGGUAUUUUGAGGGGUGGGGAUAGUAACAAAACAAAACAGAACACAGCGUUUCAUUGAUUGCGAAGGAGCUUUUCCAAAUGACGUGUUUUAGUAGGAUUCAAAUGACCGCCCCAGUGUAUCGCAUCAGUGAGUCCUGUCCUAAAUUCUCUGGAGAAACAGGGGUCUUCUGCAAGGAGCACUCCCGUCCUAGAGGGGAAAUCAAGUUAUGUGGCAAAAUCAAGGGGACAACGCAGUCAUAUCCCUUGCACCUUAGAGCAGAAGCAAACCCAUAGGACUUGGAAUCAUGCCAGUUUGUCCCAUUGAUUUCAGUGGGUCUACUCGGAGCAUAACUACCCUUUAUAGAAAAAUGUUGCUUUGAAAAUGCAGGGUGGUUUUUUUUAUUAUUAUUGCAUAAAAAGCAAGUUGUAAUUUCUACAAAUCUUUUGAUAUUGAGAAAUAAUUGUUGUCAUGUUAGGUUAGUAGAGCAGACCUACCCACGAGUACUUGCAAUAGUUUGUGUUGAUUCCCCAUACCACUUGGUUAUGUAGCCAUUGCUGAAGAAUCUUGCUCAUCCCAACUCCCAAGCCAUGUCUCGGCAGGUCAUACGUAUCCACUGUCACACACAAGAUUUGUCUUGGCAUUGCCACUGCUGUUUUUUUUUAGUGUCAGACAACACGUGCUGAGAGCGGAACCUGCAUAUGGCAUAUAAAAUGACCGGUUUCUUUGGGGAGCCAACAUACUGAGUCUUAAAGUGGCAACUGCUGCCACAUUGUUUGCCGGAUCAUUCCUUUCCCCCAUCCUCAUAAGGUGAUUUUGUCAGGUGAUUCCCACCCUCUGCUGGCACCUGUCAGUGAGAGCCAUUUGGUACAUAGAAAGGACAUAAUAUAUAGUGAACAUGCUUUUUUCAGCCUGCUACCGGUGGACGUACCUGUUGCUGGUAGGUGCAUGUCAGAAGCCACUCAAAGAGCCUUAAUUGUAUUUGUACAGCAGUGAAACCUAAGCAGAAAUGUGUUGUUAAACCUUGCCACUAAUUCCUACCCGAAACUCAGUGCAGCUGAAAUCUGUGAAUGAAAUCAACUUAGAUGUCCGGAUGGCUCUGGACAUCCACAGAGCAAAGGUCCAUGGAUUGCCACAUGCAUGGUGUAUUAUUCUGUUAUACAAACUGUGUGAAGUGCCUAUCUCACAUGUAAAGAAACAACCCUUCAUUCACUUUGCAGACCUUCUAUUGUGAUCUUUUAGGAAUGUUAUUUACUGGAAAUACGGAACAUUGAAAUGUGUUUUGGAGCAGGACAUUAGUCAACAACAACAAAAAGGAGUGCUGAGAUGAUACUUUGGGGGGAAGAGGGCGUUUCCGUAUAGAGUAGUGACAGAUAGAAAACUUGUCUAGGAUUAGUAAGGAUCUGGGUUAGGAACACCAUACAGAAGUCACAGUAUUCCCUGGAUAUAAUUGUAGAGGCAUAAUAGAGUGGUUGACCGUGCUGGUUGCACAGGAAUAACUGCUUAAAUGUUCUCAACUUGCUCUAUGUUGGCUGCAGCUAUGGACUUCCAACAUGUUGGUUUUGUUGCUCUUAAAAUACCUUUUUAACCCCCCCCCUUUUAAUACCAUUUCACGAGGAGUCUGAGCUGCAUCCUGCACAGGUGCAAUAUUAGAAUUUGCCACUAAGAGGAGACUCCAGCAACCAUAUACAGUUCUCACUCCUGAAUGCCUGCAAAACUGCCUAUGCGAACAACUUUUGAAACUUCUGUAUUUUAUUUUUUGUAAGCAAGUUGAUGGGUUUUUCCGUAUCGUGUCUGUCAUGGGGGAGCGAGUGUUUUUGAGGCUAACUUAUCUCCUAAUCAGUACAGCGUGCCUUUGCGGUUGAAAUGAACGUUGCAAAGCGUACAGCGGUGAAAUAAUGCACGAGACUGAGGGCUGUGUCCAGCACUUUUCUAGUGAAGGAGAAACCAAAGCUGUUUAUAUCUGUUCUUGGUUAAUGUAAAUGGAUUUGUUGGGUCUACAUUUGCCUGUGCAACAGAGACGUUGAUGGUUAUGUGGCCUAACCCAGCACACCUAAUUCAGGGUUUCCCCAAUGGCUAAUUAAGGAGCCCAGCAAUGUAAUUUCGUUCCUUUGGUCCCAGUUGCAGUUCUGCGUUGACCUUGUCACAAAUCCCUCUGCUCUGUUCUGUCAGUUUGUUGAUAUACUUGCAUGGAGCCAUCUAGGUAAAACAUGGUUUGCAUUGCAGUUUUAAAACCAUUAACUUGGAGGUAUAAGAACCAGCUCGCAUGGCACCUUUGGUAACCUCAGAUCCUUACGUGAUUUGAAAACAGCUGCAGCUGCACCUGUUUCUUAUUAGGUGUACCUGGUGACCAGCUGCAGCUUUUGGCAGCAAAAGACACCUGCCCAGUCUUUACCAAGCCACCUGUCUUUUGCCAGUGGACUCCCAUAAACGUGCACUUGGCUAUUUGAUGUAGCGUUGACUGUGAGCACAAACAGCUGUUUACGAAGCAGAAUCUUAAUAGCUUGAUCCCAAGAGCAACUGCACACAGCAGGAGUAACUCAAAUUGAUGCACAAGCCCAGCAUUGUAUUUACAUUAUUGUUGUUUACCACCUUGAGCGCCAUUGGUGAAACAAUGGGAGACAGCGUAAAUAAAUAAAUGAGCACACACACCACAAUUUGUGCCGCAGAAGUGUUGGCAAUGCUACGCUGGCAAAAGCUGCUGCUGUCUUUCAAGAGCUUUGCACUUGACUCAGUCUAUGGCUUUUAACCAUGAUAUUUUAACAGUGUGAAGAGGCUGUCUGGUUAGCCCCACAUCCUAGAUAUCUGUACACGUAUUGGCCAUAUCCACAGCUGGCAUUUGAUUGGCAUCAAUGUGAAAGGAGGCAUGCCUGUAAGGAGAUGUCUUUGUAAAGCUGUCCCCACCAGGAGGAGAACUCUAGGCCAUUUGAGAUCGUAUCGCCAUGUGCAUGGACCCCCCAUUCAAACUGGCACCAAUCAUGCAUCUUGGUCUAGCUGCCAUUUUCUCAGAAGAACCUCCAUGUAUUCUGUAUACCUGAGUACAGGGCUGAGUACAACUGAAGAGGGCUCAUGUUUUUGUGCAAUACAUCUUGUGAGUACCAGAUUAUGUGAACUGCCCAAUGGCAAUAAGCAAAUAAAUAGCCAGGAAUUGGACCUAGUGGUUGGUGGUCAUGGAAUCUAGAAGUAGGAGAGGGAAUGGGCUUAUCUGUCUGAUAUCCUGAAGGUCUUUGGACGCUGCACAUUCAGCUAUGUUUGUUAGUGAUUGCAGUAAGAGGGCUGUGGAGUUUAGCUAUUGUGGCUAAUAGCCAUUGAUAAACUGCUUAGUGUCUGCUGUAUUGUUGCAAAAUGCUAUAAUUGAAUUGCAAUUGGCAGGUGGUAUGGGGAGAACAGAUUCUGAUCUUUCAGAGGAUGGUGUGGCAGCAACAGCUGCGUAAUUAGAAUCAAGACAAAGCCAGGGACACAAAUUGGAGGAAGUUGAAACAAUACUUUAGCCCUGUUGAAAUCAUUGGCUUAAAUUCACACACUUUAGCAUCUAUGUGUCAUUUAUUUCUAUUGGACUUAGCACUAUUCAUUAAGGGUAGCCCUCCUGAUGCAUGACUUAGAAAUGGUGACUUUUGUGGUCCACAAAAUCUGAUGGGGACCACUUUGGCUACUGAUGAACUUUAGAAUUGAACUUUAGGUGAACUUUAGGCUUUUAUAAUAGUCGGAUUGAGCAAAACUACUUGGAAACAACCACUUAAAGAUGCAGAGGUAGAUGCUUUGUUUCAGGCUGAUCUCAAGUUGUGCCAUGCGAACAUAGAAAAGUCUUAAUACUAGAUCAGGUUGCACACUAAUACCUGAGGUUGUACGUGUCUGGUACUGAAAUAUGUGAGGUAUGUUAGUGACACCUUUACUCUUCUGCCCUGGCAAAGGACAUGUCGCAGAAGAAGGUGUGGUUUGUUGUGAGCAAAGUUGAUGGAAUCCGUCCGAUAGAGUGAUCCAGGGAUUUAUGUUAACGUGCACAAAAAGAAAGACAGAAUUGCUGGCAUUCUUAACCCAGGAACAGGGAGCGAUUGGUCCUGAUUCCUUGCCUGAAACAUUGCUUAGAAUCACUGUUAUCAGCUGGGUACUUCUUAAGAAGGCAGCAGUACAUCUCUGAGAAGCUGUAACCUUAAGCUUGCAUCAUUAUGUUCUGCUUACCUGGAGCAAGUAGCAGCUAUCCCUUGACAGGACUACAGGUGGCAAACUGCUGUACCUAAUACAGCACAUUCUGUCUCCGCAAUCACAUGGGUAGGCGGCAUAGUGCAGCAACAUAUUGUGCAAGUCUUGGCCCGGUUCACAUGUUUACAGACCAGUACUAUAUAUUUCUUGGUUGGAAGAGUGGGUCGCAGUCUCCAUGUACAACACAUGUAGCUGUGUGUGUUCGUGUGUGAAAGAGAAAUCACACAAAUUGGAUUUCUGUGCACAUAGCCUUCCAUUUGGAAUAUCCACUUCACACUGUGUGUGGGUAUUCACUGCUGUGGAGAGGAAGGGUAUGUAUCUGUGGCUGUGCCAUUCACAUCUGCAGAUUGCUGCACAGUCUUCCCAAAAUGUGAGCCAUGCCUAUGGCAGUACUGUGUGUGUCUCUCUGUGUAAGAGGGUCACUAAACAGCAGGUUUUUAAGUUGACAUGAGCUAGAAGCUGAUCUACUUAAAUCUCAGCAGUGCUGUCCCAUUAACACAGAGAAACAGUGAGCUGGAGUUCUCCUUCCACGUUCUGCCCCCUGGGACCUACCAGCCAGCCCACUAAGGGGUGAAUCAGAGCUGCCUCUCUGUCAUGGUGGUGACGACAAGAAGGAGGAGGAUAAAAAGCAGAAGCAGGCAAAUGGAGCUAAACCAGGCAGACCACCCCCUAAACAAAUACAAACCCUGCUGUAAGCUUGCUCUUUCCACCAAUUGACCUCCAUAUUAAUAGUGAAAGCCACAUCCAUUUUUAAUGCAUUUCUGAACAUUCUGCCUCAAAACAUGGUCUCCAUUAUUGACAUCAAUGGUUUAACUAUUGCAAAGAUUAAAUACUAGGCCAGAGAUAAGGCAACUGAGCUUUUCUUGGUUUUCCCCCCACACAUGUGAUGGGUGCCUCAUGAUUUCUGUUGGAUCCCGAUAGGAUGUCUUUUUCUCUUCAGGAAAAAUCUGGGAAAACAGGGUUGGCCUUACAGCUUCUUUGGAAGGUCAACACACCUCUUUAAGCAUUGGUGUGCAAAGGACAAGAGGUUGCUGGAGUGAUUAUUUCUGCCUCCUGUUUCUUUGUUUAACUAUAUUCGGGCAUUGGGUGUUCUCUGGAGCCUCACAGAAGAGAACGUUUGUUUGUUUUUGCUCUGAGUGACACAUUGGAUUAAUUUAUUAAUAUGAAGGAGAAGCAUGACGAUACAGAAGGAGACACACUGCCCUAAUGGAUCUCUACCUAGGCAAACAUAGCGCAGACAUUUACAUUAGGUUUAGUUUCUUUGUUUACUGUUCUGCUUCACGCUUUUCAAUAGAGGGGAACUGGCACAAUACCUAACUUUAACCUUCCUAUGAAACUGAGCUAUUAACACCUUCAACUCUUCAAAUUUUUCACAUUUUGCAUCUUUGUGGCCUUGGCUGGGUGGGCUGCCAAACUUUCCAUACAGUUCCCCGCCCCCCAUUUUACACCUUAACUGGAAGGUUGCACACUGUGAGCUUCCUUUCUCCCUCAAACCGUGGAAAUUUCGGCCUUGUUGAAUCCCCAGUUGGUCAUGAAUUUCAUGGGCUGACCUUGAUCAAGUCGCAGUCUCUCUGUUUAACAUCCUGGCAGGGUGGUUGUGCUGAUGAGGUUGGGAAAAACCCAUGCAUGCCACCUCCGUGAACCUUUUGAAUGUAGCUGCCACCUUACUGUUUUGAUUUCAUCUGACCUGCUGCGUGAGACGUGGUUGAGAAUUGCAGAUGAGGAUUCACAACUAGAGACUUCUGUAGCACCUUAAAUAAUGAUUUUAUUACAGCAUAAGCUUUCAAAGGCUUUGACCCACUUCAUCAGAUGCAUGUUACAUCUUGGAAAGUUGUCCAGUAAUACACAAGCAUAUUAUAGAAAUAUUAUAGAAAUAUAUAUUAUAUAUUAUAUUAUAGAAAUACAGAAUUUCUCAAGCUUGGCUAUAUAGAAUCCUCUUGUCUCCAUAAUCUCAUGUCUUGGGAACCACUUUAUGGACUUUGGUCUACUUAACAUGGGUCUACCUUUGAAGACAGUUCAGAAACAUUAACAGGUACAAAAGCUUUGUGGAAUGCAGCAACAUGGUCCUAAAACAGGCAUAGGCAAACUCGGCCCUCCAGAUGUUUUGACACUACAAUUCCCAUUAUCCCUGACCACUGGUCCUGUUAGCUAGGGAUGAUGGGAGUUGUAGUCCCAAAACAACUGGAGGGCCAAGUUUGCCUACGCCUGUCCUAAAAGAUCAGCACCUGUUUGUUUCUGGGCCAAUUCAAAUGGAUACUUUUUCACUUUAAAGCCUUAUAUGGCCCAGUAAUUCUUCCUAUCACCUUUUCCUGUGUUAGAAACUGGGAUAGAAAAGCUAGGAGCCAAAUGGCUUCUGGGACCUGAGUUGUGGGUGCCAAAACAGAAUGGCUAGUUGUCACUGGUGUGGGUGUCAGCAACCCUUUUUAUUUAUUAUUUUGAUAAGCAUGAAUUAAUACACAAUUCACAUAAGUGACACAUUGUUAAUACCACACUUUUGGCAGAAAUUGUUAAUAAAUGUUUAAUUUGGUGUUUACAAUAACCAUACUUCAUUUUCAACACACUCUACUCUUUAUUGUCCUUCAUAUAUUGUCUAUUCUUCACGUAUACUUCAAGGCUUCAAAGCUCAUACAUUUCAGUAAUUCUUGAGUGUCAGCCAGGCACAAAAAAAUGGCACCCGGAGUUUUGGAGGUGCUCACAAAUGGAGAACCCUUAGGUGCAAAAUGCACCUGGCACUCUGCUAAUUUCGAACCCUGCCCACAUGCAUUGUACAAGGAUUGUACAAGGAGCCUCUCUUGCAAGCACCUCCGUCAUCUCAACUAUGUGUACAGGAUUGCAAGUCUUCUCACCACAGCUGUGAAUGUCCCUGCCUAGAGAGGUUUGCUUGGAACCCUCCCUGUUGACUUUUAGAUGGCAAGUGAUACUUUGAAAAAGAAUUCAGAGAGAUUUUAUCAAAUUUUUAAUUUUUUUGCUUGUCUUUGUGGCAUUCGUACGGAGCCCCCGGUCGUCUCACGGGCUAUUGACCCGUACACCACUAAUCCGCUGCCACGAACCAGGUUCUCCCUGGUAAAAUUACUUCAGUCUCAGUCAGCUUCUCAAUUAAUAAAGAAGAGUGUAUUUUAUUUCAGACACAAACAAAACUUUUGCAGCAUUCCAAACGUUGUUGCUCUCUACUUUCUUAGUCUUAUUUUCCUCUCUCUAUCUCUUCUACCUCACCACACUCAAGAACCCACGGCCCUAACUGUCUCUCUAUUACCAACUGCCUUUCCCAACCAGCCAACCCACUAAAUCACACCAACUACCCCCCAACAACUCCCAACGAACUCCUCUCAGAACUGGUUUUAUAAUCCCACUGACUCCACCCCCCUGGGUCCUGUCUGUGCAACCUAUUUAACUAUUUCCCCUCCAGCUCUCUCUCAUAUAUGUUAACAUCACAGUCUUUUACCUCUUACUAUUUUUUUUUUUUAAGUUGGGUAUGGUAUUUUGUUGUCGUUUAUUGUAAACGUCCCUCCCCAAAUCUGCUCCAGGGGUUUUUUCGGGGGCAUGGGAUCAUCUCCAAAACAGAUUUGCUGGAAGGUGGGGCUACACAGGGAGAAGAGAAACAGGGGAAGUCCCACGGUGUAGCCAAAAAUCCUUGCACUAUUAGAACUGGUUUUUAAAAAAUAUACCACCCAGUGUCUACAUUCCAAUUUAUUUUUUCCCUAUCCAAUGUCAUGCUGAGCUUUGAGGAUCUCCCAGAUUUGAUGACCUAGAAUUAUAGAGUUUUACAGUUGCAAGAGUUUUUGGAAGUCAUCCAGCCCAACUUCCUGCUCAGGGCAGGAAUCUUGCAGUUACAACAUCCCUGACGGAUAACCGUCCAACUUCUACUUCCAAGGAAGGAGAGCCUGCCCCCUUCCUGAGGCAGUCUGUUUUCUGGUAGUUCACGAAACAUUAUGGGGGGAAAGAAAACACUGGUUCAGAGGAUGAAAUAAUCCACACAGAGCAAAGAAUGACAAAAUAACAGUGCAACAUAAGACACCUUUAUUCUCUCUUACCAACUCUUCUCACUGUAUGAUCAUGGAAGGUGUUCUGAAUUACAGUCCUUUAUUGAAUAGCAUAGCGUAAAGAGAAAUAUUGCACUAUUUGGAACUGGCAGCAUGGCAGGUGUUUUGGGUGGGGUGGAGAUAUUUGCAUUAUUGUGCCCUUCCUCCCUUACCUGUCCAGUAGUGGAAAAAUAUUUCAAAAUAUCUAGAAACCAAUGUCAGAGUUUUGAUAUGUCAGGAAAAAGCGAAGUAAUUAUUUCAAGUUUGUAGGUACCAGCAUCAUAUUUCUUGGCAUCCAGACAGCCACCUGUCUGGGAUUUUUCCAGUACUGUCACCGCCUUCCUCCUCCACUCAUCGUUUUUGUCCACAAAUAUUGACUUGGCUUACUAGUUCUCCCCUAUUUUUUGGCUGGGUUCACUACUGCCAGCCCUAAGCGCCCUGGGUGAGAGGCAGAGAUUGUAGAAGGUAAGAUAAAGUGGGAAAGACUUCUGUUGUGCCUUGAGUGCUCCAAAAUUCAUUGCAAAUGAGAGCCAUGGGGAGGUGUGCUACUGGGCAACCUUCUUACAAGAGGGCCAGCAGUUUAUUCGAUGAGCUGGUGGCUUGGUUUGUGGCUGCCUGCCUUUGUCCACAAUAAAAUCAUGUACUCACAUGUGCCUGUUCCACCUGGUGUGAGUGUCUUACGUUUCUUCCAGGUGGAUUUUCAUAUAGUCAAACCUGCAUGUGCAGGUUUUUGAAGGUUCUCCUUGUCCUGUUGUGCGGUAGGAGGAUUCUCACAGGAUCUGAAACUUGCGUGCGCGAGAGAAACCAUUUAGGUGGGUCUCCUCCAUGCCAUUGAGGCUGGAAGGCAGGGAGGCCAACACUAGUUGGAGUCAGAGGCAAUGUAGCUGGGGGAACUAUAUGAAUCGUUGUAUAUGCUAGAUUGGCUGCAUUGCAUACUUUAGACGCAACGUGUCACAUACUUGCCUAAAAAGGUUGGCCACCACUGUUUUACUACUUUGUGAGACCUUUAGCAACUAUGGAUAUAUAAAAUAUACCAGUCUUAUACUCAUCUGCUCAGAAGUGACCUCCAUUGAAUUGUCUUAGGCUGCAACCCUCAACACAGGUGCUUGGAAGUACCGGUAAGUCCUUCUGAACUGAGUGUGGCUUUCUUAGUAGAUUUGCAUAGGAUUGUACAGUGGUACCUCAGGUUACAUACGCUUCAGGUUACAGACUCCGCUAACCCAGAAAUAGUACCUCCGGUUAAGAACUUUGCUUCAGGAUGAGAACAGAAAUUGUGCUCCGGUGGCACGGCAGCAGCGGGAGGUCCCAUUAGCCAAAAUGGUACCUCGGGUUAAGAACAGUUUCAGGUUAAGAACGGAACUCCGGAACGAAUUAAGUACUUAACCCAAGGUACCACUGUACUGUUAUCCUCAUCUUAAGCCCUCAUGAUAGGGAAGGAAGCCAUCUGUAUAUCCCCUCUUAUUCCCCUCCACUGAAACCAAGUUUUUAGUAUGUAUAACUGAAUUGAAUAUAUACUCUUCCCAUGUUUGUACUCAAUUUCUUUCUCUAUUACUUUCCAUAUGCCAGAUGCACUUUUGUAAACCCUUCGGGGACAGUGACCGAUCUUUUGGAUGUGACCAUUGUAAAUGAUAUAGCCUUACCCAGUGGUUUUCAACCAGUGUGCCAUGGCACCCUGGGGUGCCUUGAAUGAUAGUUAGGGUGCCACAGGCAACACUGGCCCUCUGGCCCUCUUUCCUUCCCUUCCUUCUCUGAUGCCCUUUUGCAUCUCUGCCUUCCAAAGGCUUGCACAGUUGUUUGUUGCAGCAGACCUGGCUAUAAGCUCCCAGGUGAACCAGGGGGUGCUUCCUAGGCCCCUGUGGGGCGGUGUGAGGAGGCACCUCUCUUUGGGGCAGGGAUGGGGCAGCUCAGAGGCCAGAGGUGGUGGCAGCGGUCCCAAGCAGAGAGGAGAGGAGUCGUGAGGCUAUACUCCACAAGGAAGGGUAUUCGAAAAAAGGACAAGAAGCUGCCGGAUAUGCAGGCAAGGGGUGACAUAACUGGGCUCCUGGGCCCCACAGGGGGGCCACAGAAAGAAUGGAGUUGGUCAAGGGAGCCAUAGGCUCAGAAAGGUUGAAAACCUCUGGCCUUGUCAAUUAAUUGGAAAAAUAAAAUUAUAUACACAUAAAAUAGCUGUGUUUAGAGUGUCUUAAUGGCAUACUUUGAAUUUGAAGCUGUUCAAAAUAUUUUGAAAUAAACCUGGGAUUUGAUGAGACAAAAAUAAUCUGAGGAAAUAGACAAAGUUGGAGGAAAGAAGGGCUGAAAGGUCAUCAGGAUUUACACAUGAGACAUAAAGCUGAGGCUGUAAUGCUGUAUCCAGCUAGCUAGGCAUAAGCUCCAUUAAAUCCAAUGGGAUUUACUUCUGAGUAGACAUGUCUAGGAUUGUGCUGUUAGGCUCCAAUAUCAUGCCCACUUACAAAGGACCUAAGUCCCACUGAAAUCAGCAUUAACUUAAUUCCCAGUAAACUUAUAUAGGAUUGUGUCGUUAAUUUAUGAGGUGCAUUUUAUAAGCAGAGGCAUUAAUGAAUCAAGGUGAAACCUCUUUAGGCUGGUUCUUUUCUUGUCCUGCUGUCAUUGUCACUCCUCUAGAGAAGUGCCAUCUCACGCAGUGUUUCCCUUUACAUUUGAGUGCCGUUUUACAGAUGUUGUUUGUCUUUUUAGUGUAGUACAAACAUCUUCCAGGAUUUUGACUCAUUUCCUCAAGUCUCUCUCAGCUAUUCUAAAAGGACAAGAGGAAAUUAGCUCUAAUAUCCUGAAAGCGAUUGAUUUUUAUUUUUUUUUACUCUGCGUAGUACUCAGUUUAGUGAAAUCUCAGUUUGUUUCCAACUUUCCCCUCCACCUAUAUUUCUUUUUUUUCCAUCCAAGAGAGGGACAUCCUACAUUUAUUCUGUUUCCCUGUUAUUCCUACUGGACAAAAACCCCAUUCAGAGUGUAAACUUCAGAUUCAUUCUCAUCCUCUAUUAUCCUGGCCUUCCUAUUCUGAAAACUGAACUAUCUAAACAACUGGAGUUCUCCUGUUUGAAGUAUCUAAACAAAAGUCCCAUUGUUUUGGCUUGUAUUGCCCUUUAAUGUGUUGGGGUCAAGCCACAUCAAACUGUUUACUUGCCACUCACUUCCUUCAAGUAACUGGCAAUGCCAGCCACCAUGGGCUGUUGUGAAUUUGUUGAACCCUUUCGCUCCUCACCCUCCUCACCUUCAUCCUUCACCUGGUUAAGGUUGUUUAUCUUUAUAGGAAUCUACCUUCGACAGUCCAAACCUUGGUCCAUAUAGCUCAAUAUUGUUUAAACCACCCUUCCCCAACCUGGUGCCCUCCCAAGUUGUUUUAGACUAUAAUUCCCAUCAUCCUAGGCGCUUGGGUCUGAUGCAAGUUAUAGUCCAGAACAUGGAACUAGAUCCACAAAUGAAACUAAUAAUGACAGCAGCUGUAGGGCACCAGGUUGUUGUUGUUUUAAAUCAUUUUUAUUGAUUUUUCCAAAUUUUUACCAAAUCGGCCACAUUAAAACAAAUUUAAUACAAACUUUCCAAAAAUUGGUUUCCGACACUCUGUUCUUGUCGUUGCAUUAUUUCCCUAGUUAUUUCUAAUUAACAUUUCAUUCCCUACAGUUAACCUUAUAAUAGCUUUUUGUUGUUUUAUUAUUCUUAACCACCACCUAUCCACUUGCUAAUUCCUGCAUGUACAAUAUUUUGACGUUUACAAUAUCUGCACGUGAGGUAAAUCAAGUAGGGCACCAGGUUCAGGUUGGGAAGACUAGUCUAUUAACGGUUGGCAGAAGUCACACCUGGAGUUACCCAGGAUAGGGAUUGAACUUGGAACUGUGGCACGCAAAGUAUGCACUUUGACAGUGGGCUACACCUCUUCCCCACUGCUCUGCUGGAUAGUUGGGAUGCGAAGGUGGACCUCUAUAUGCAGGCGGGCUUCAAAUUCCAUCCUUCCUGUCUAUUGGCCGUGAUGGCUGAGGCUGUUGGCAGUUGGGAGUCCUAUAACACCUGGAGGGGUGUAGUAGAAAAGGCACUUUGAGGAUUGCAUCACCACUCCCUUCUUGUCAUUCAAGUUACACGACUGCCAGUAUCCAAGACUUCCAGUAUCCAAGAUGCCACACAUAAGACUGCAAUCUGCUGAAAUCAACGAGAACUGAAUGGGACUGGCUUUUGAAUAGGCAUGUAUAGUUGUUGGCACCCGUCCUGUCUUCACCUCCAGGGGUGGAGUCAAACCGCUGGAGAAUGACAGCACCUGCAGAGACUGGUAACUCAUAACUGUUGCCUCCAGAGUUGUUUUGGAUGUAUUAGGGCUAGGGCGCAAGCCUGGCCAUUGUGUAUGGAGGUCCUGGGCUGCCUAGAUGACAAGACCUCACCCCACCCCCCUCGACUUGCUGAUGUGGUCCAAAGGAAAGGAAAGCAAUAUAUUUGGCACUAGCUGGGCUGCAGGAGUUGCCAAAAGAAGGCAUACCAGGUACCAUCCAACCAUCUUAGGGACUCCACUCAGUAUUUGUGUAGGGCGUAUUCCUUAGUCUUUUCCUCUCCCAAAGAUGUCCCACAAGGUAUGUAUAGAAUUGGCCUUUUAAUUAUAUCCCCCAUCCUUUUGCAUCUUACAUUAAAACUACGCCUCUUGUUUUGUGCAUGUUCAAAACUGUUAGCUGUUGUUUUGUACUGUUUCAAAUGUGUUGUAUGGGCGGCUUACAACAUACACAACACAACAAAACAAAACAUCAAACAUUUUUUUAAAAAAUAUCCUACACAAGCAAUAACUCAAUAAAAACCAAUAAUAAUAACAAACAAUUUACAGUUAGACCCAAAUUAAAGUCACCGCCAACCCCAACUAAACAUUUAACCAACACCAACCCGACAAAAAUGAAAGAGGGGAACCAAAAUGAGAACCGUUUAAAACAUUUUAGUCAGUUGCCCCAUCCCAAGAGUUGUUCCAGCAAUGUCCCAGUGGCUUCCCAGGAGCCUUUUAGCUGUUCAGGGUGAGUGGGGGCCCUGCCCCCUAGGCCAGGUGGAAACGAGCCUUGUAGCAGGGAGCAGCUUUCUCUUCCAGCACUCAGGCAGCAGCUGUAGUUGGGGUUUUUAUGAUUGUUUUAUUGGUUUUAGCAUUCUAUGGACUGCCUCUAGAGAAUGCAGAUGGAUAGGCAGUAUAAAAGUGUAACUAAUGACUAAUAAUAAUAAAUACGAGCCAAUAUUGUAACUUCUGUAUAAAAACAAUGUAGUACGUUUCUGAGCACAAUUCAAAGUGUUGGUGCUGACCUUUAAAGCCCUAAAUGGCCUCGGCCCAGUAUAUCUGAAGGAGCAUCUUCACCCCCAUCGUUCUACCCGGACACUGAGGUCCAGUGCCAAGGGCCUUCUGGCGACUCCCUCGCUGUGGGAAGCCAAGUUACAGGGAACCAGGCAGAGGGUCUUUUCGGUAGUGGCACCCACCCUGUGGAACGCCCUCCCACCAGAUGUCAAAGAGAAGAACAACUACCAGACUUUAAGAAGACAUCUGAAGGCAGCCCUGUUUAGGGAAGCUUUUAAUGUUUAACAGACUACUGUAUUUUAAUACAUUAUUAUUCUGGGUACUCUGCUCAUUUUGCUGACAGCACUAUUGUUGUGGUCUCUCUGCAAAGAUAUGUAUGCUUAUGUUUCCCUAAUAGGAAGGAGGCUAACAAUGGCACUUUGAAGUACACUGUCCAGUCUGUGUAAGUGUACCCUGAAAACACGAGUCAACUGACUACGUAUGUGAGAAUGACUCCCCCCCCCACACACAUUAGUUUUUCAUGGUGUGCAAAGAAUACUCAUGCAAGUCAGUCACAUUAUGUGUAUAGAAAUAAUGUAGGACGGAAUUGUACAGGUUAACAAUGCAGGAGAAGGACAUAUGUAAACAUCAUCUUCGGCACCCUGAUUGCAAUCAGUGGGACUACUUCAGAGUAGAUGCGUUUAAGAUAGGAAUGCCAGUCUUGGGGAUGAUUAUGGCUUACAUUUGGGGGGUUUCACAAAGGCAGGUUGUACAGUAGACCGAAAAUAAUACUCCUGUCUCCCAGCUUAUGGUGAAUCUUUGUAAACCAACCAAUUAUACAAAAACAGAAAAGAAAAAGAUUCAAACUUCCUUUUUCUUCAUAUGCAGGUACAAAGAACACGUCGAUCUAUCAUUCAUGGUAGUUUUACUAAAAUGAUUUUAAUAACGUAAAGUGAUUAUGAACAGUACUGAUUAUGUUCCGUUGGUAACAUAAUCAGUUGCACGUUUCAAGCUCUGCAUUUUACUUAAUUAAUCAGUGUUACUACUAAGCAUCCGGGACCUGCAGAGUGGUGGUUGGACAAGUGUUUACGUCUUUUUUCCUGUUUUCCUCUAUCUGAACAAUUCUUAGAGCUACCCAACACUGGGAAAAUCCCAUUAGGCAAAUCUCAUAGUCACACCUGCAGCUGAGUUUGGGAGACUGGAACUGUGAAUAAUAUAUUCUUUUUUAAAAAUAAAUAAAUAAAUCUGACUUGAUUUGAGAAUGGCAAGCUCCCUGUGACUGUCGCUGAAGACUUUAGCUUUCUAGAGUCUAACAGCUCCAAAUCUGCUUCAUUUUGUGGUUGGCAGCACCAGUGGGAUGUUUGAUUUUGGAAGCCUGACAAAUGAGUUAACGCUAUUUGAAAGGAGAGAUAACAAAGGUAUUCGGAUGUGUUGUGCCUUUUCUUUCCUGUGAGUAGUAGACUUCGCUUGGCAGCGUUCAACAUACCGAGAACGGAUGUCCCUCGUGGCAUCAAGUGAGCUAUUACAAACAAAGACUGGCUGGGAAGAAAGAGGAACCAAAACUCAUCGGUUCCGAUAUCUAAUGAACGCUAGAGUGUUUUUCCCCUCUCUUUUUAAAAAAAAAAAGGAAAUAAAAAAUUUGUAUGAACGACAGCAGAAGCUGAAUCAUGUUGCUUUGAUUUCCUGUACCAUGGAAAGAUGACUUCAGAGGAAUUUGUUUGGGAUAAGGAAGCUGGAAUUGGGAAAUUUCCUAGAACAUGUGGGCACAAUUGGAAUGUUGAAAAAAUUCCUGCAAGCACACACACCUUUUGGUUGCUUCCUUCCCAUCCUAGCAGAGAGAAUCUUUGACACACAUAAUUCACUGUUCCAUGGUUCUGGGUAAAAGUCAAAUCUAGUAGAAUUUAAAUGGACCCUCUUCCACAGGGAUGCGGAGAGUCAGGCACGGGGGGGCCACAAAUGUGGCCCCCACAGGCCUCAGACCACUCCCACUCUUUUCCUGCACCCCAGCUCACAAGCCCUAAUAAUUAUUGUUCCUUGAGAAUGUGUUCUUGAUAAUGCCUCUUGAUAAUGCCUCUUCAUAAACAAUAAGAGAGGAGGGUAUGUCAGUGUUUGUCAAAAGUAGUUUCCUGUCCAAAGGUAACAUUGGUAUUAUACUUGCUUUGCCUGUUUCUGCCUCUCAUCCCAUUUUCAAAAUCUCACCUACCUACCAGCCACCUACGUCAAGUGUCGUUAUGAGCCAACAUUUUAAAAUGUGUUACGCAAUUAGUAGAAAUUAUAAAAAGCGUGUUCGUGAGAAAUGAGGAGAUCCAUGAUAUUCAUAUGGAGUUGAUGCCAGACACUGGGAUUUGAUUUUUUUAAAAAACUAAAGGAUAAUUAAAGAAGGCAGGCAUUUCCAAAUGGUGAUUCAGAAUCCAUGCAUUUAAUCACAGCAGUUUAGAUGGUGGCUUGUCAGGCUACACAGGUGGUGUGUAGUUAACAAAACAAGCAGAGGGAUUUUUAAGAAAAGUACAGUUAGAACUGGAUAUGGAACAACUGAUUGGUUCAAAAUUGGGAAAGGAGUACGACAAGGCUGUAUAUUGUCUCCCUGCUUAUUUAACUUAUAUGCAGAAUUCAUCAUGCAAAAGGCUGGACUGGAUGAAUCCCAAGCCAAAAUUAAGAUUGCCAGAAGAAAUAUCAACAACCUCAGAUAUCCAGAUGACACAACCUUGAUGGCAGGAAGUGAGGAGGAAUUAAAGAACCUUUUAUUGAGGGUGAAAGGGGAGAGCGCAAAAUACGGUUUGAAGCUCAAUAUCAAAAAAACAAAGAUCAUGGCCACUGGUCCUGUCACCUGGCAAAUAGAAGGGGAAGAAAUGGAGGCUUUCUUGGGCUCCAUGAUCACAGCAGAUGGUGAGAGCAGUCACGAAAUUAAAAGACACCUGCUUCUUGGGAGAAAAGCAAUGACAAACCUAGACAGCAUCUUAAAAAGCAGAGACAUCACUUUGCUGACAAAGGUCCGUAUAGUUAAAGCUAUGGUUUUCCCAGUAGUGAUGUAUGGAAGUGAGAGCUGGACCUUAAAGAAGGCUGAUCGCCGAAGAAUUGAUGCUUUUGAAUUAUGGUGCUGGAGAUCAGCCUUGAGUGCUCACUGGAAGGACAGAUCCUGAAGGCUCCAAUACUUUGGCCACCUCAUGAGAAGAGAAGACUCCCUGGAAAAGACCCUGAUGUUGGGAAAGAUGGAGGGCACAAGGAGAAGGGGACAACAGAGAACGAGAUGGUUGGGCAGUGUUCUUGAAGCUACCAGCAGGAGUUUGACCAAACUGUGGGAAGCAGUGGAAGACAGGAGUGCCUGGCAUGCUUUGGUCACGAAGAGUCGGACACGACUAAAUGACUAAACAACAACAAACCUCUUCCACAUCAAGGGAUUGUGAUCAAAUGAUUGGUGGCUUUUCUUAGAGGCAACUUCUGUGGGAAAUUUGGGAACCACUAAAGCAUUAUGUGGAUGAGCCCAUUCAAAACUUAUUUUUUUGCUUUGGUUCAGAUAAUUGUUGCCAAAAGCGGUGGUAUUGCUUGACCUUCAGGUUGGUUUUAAUUGCUAUUUUGUGGGUUCUGGUUGGAACAGAGCGCUUUCCAGAGUGGAACCGAGAAGCUCAGAAAGGUCAUCGCCAUAAACUCUGUGCAAGGCGAGGGUCUGCCUGGCUUGGGGACACUCCAGAGUAUUGCUAGAUCUCCACUGCACAUACAAACCCUUACCUGCUGCAUUAAGACACCUCCAGGUAUGUGCAGUGGGGCAUAAGAGCCUGCUGGAUCAGGCCAUUAGUCCAGCAUUCUGUUCUCACAGUGGCUACCCAGAUGUUUGUGGGAAGCCAUCAGGCAAGAGCUGAGCACAAGAGCACUCUUCCCUUUUGUGGUUUCCAGCAACUGAUAUUCAGAAGCAGACUGUGGAGGCAGAGCAUAACCAUCGUGGCUAGCCUUAUCCUUCAGCUUUGUUGUCUAGACUGUAAACGGCCUUGGCCCAGUAUACCCGAAGGAGCGUCUCCACCCUCAUCAUUCAGCCCCGACAUGGAAGUCCAGCUCCAAGGGCCUUCUGGCAGUUCCCUCACUGUGAGAAGUGAGGUUGCAGGGAAUCGGGCAGAGGGCCUUCUCAUUGGUGGCGCCCGCCCUGUGGAAUGCCCUCUCGUCAGAUGUCAAGGAAAUCAACAACUAUCUGACUUUUAGAAGACAUCUGAAGGCAUUUUUAAUGUGUUUAUAAUAUUCUGUUGGAAGCUGCCCAGAGGGGCUGGGAAAACCCAGCCAGAUGGGUGGGGUAUGUAUGUAUGUAUGUAUAGGUAAAUAAAAUAAAUUAGCUUUUGGGCAUGAAAAAAUAAACCCAACAAUGCUACUGCAGAUUGUACUGUUCACUUUAGGCUCCAGGUUGACUGACAUUUCCAACAAAGUUCUUGAGAGGCUCCAAGGAGUUCCUCUUAGCGGUAGCUGAGAUCACAGCAUUAAUGUGGGUGCUUUCAAACAGAAGAUAAGGAAGGCAAUUUGGGGGCUUCCAUAAAAAGUGUGGGCUUAGAAAAUUCUUUUUACAUUCACUGCCUGGUCAAGAAGCUUAAUUGCUAUCAGUGCUCCAGCUGGCUACGUCAUCACUAUAGAGACAGUCAUGUUCCAGGCUUACUUUAGUUUAUGCAUGGAAAACAAGCCCCACAAUGUAUUUAUUGUUUAAACUACUGAGUGUGGUGUGAUUGCAGGUGUUGUGGUGAAAUUGGGAGUGAGCCAUGAACUGCCUUGUUCAUUUCCCAAAAUAAUGACUUGUCAGUUUCCCAGACUAAAAGAGUGUAGCCUUUGACUACGUGACAGGAGAAAAUACCCACAAAGAAGAUGUCCUCAAUGGUUGGCUCAAACAGCGUUUGAAUCCUUUACGUUUUCCUCAGUUGCACUUCGCAGACAAAGGCUGGAUUCUGAUCUCUGCUAUUUCAGUGAAAUUUUAGAGCAAUCGAAACAAACAUGGCGCUUACAUAUUGUGCAACUGGCAUGUGGAUUGGUGUUCAUCCCACUCCUUCGUUGAUUAUGUAAGAGAGAAAUGUGUACAGACAGGUUAUUCUUCGCAUCCACAAAUAACCAGAAAUGUAAACAUCCUGAGUAUGGAAUUUUAUUUUAAAAGACAAUAUUGAAACAAGUUUAAUAUUAUUUACAAUGGAAAACUAUUCAGAUAUGAAAUCCUAUUUGAAGGGAAUCAGGCAUAUGGGCCAAAGCAAACAUUUUACUGUGUGUUCAAGGACCUUAUCAAUCAGACUUUCACAACUUGUAACCAGCUAAGCCAGUUGCAACCUACCAAACAUGUAUGACUGUUUUUGUUCUGUGUUGUUUUGCAGUUUCAGAUAGGCAGCAAGAACAGGAGGUCUGUCAAGUCCCUGGUGAUCUGAUGGCAUAAUUGGGGCCAGAUUGCUUUGGGUAACAAGCUGUAUGGACUUCCUAUAAGUAGCAAGAGUUCUCUAUAAAUUGAACAUAAAUUUAUUAGUAAGUCCUGUCUUCACGGCUACUGCUAUGUCUCAAAAUGAGAUUACAGUUCUUAAAAUUUAGUGGGCUUGCUCAAGCUUGAAUCAUUUGAGGACCACUUUUCUGGUAUUUCUGCAGUCCUAGAACCUUAAACCAUCUAUGUCUGACAGCCAGCGAUUAAUUUAGCAUCCUCAUUAGGGAUUAUUCUCCCCACCGAAAGCAACUGAUGAUGGGUGAAAUAUUGCUUCAGUUUGGAAUUGGGGUUGGCAAACUGAGCAAUCCCUUACUUCUGCAAAAAAUAAAGAAGAUUGUAAAGUAAUUAGAGGUUGUGUCCAACAUUACUCCUACUGUGACUAUUAUGUAGUUAGAAACCCAUUUUGGCAAGCCAUUCUGUACUGCAGAUUGAAGGGCUCUUGGACUCGGAUGCACACACAGACUCUAAAAUGGCUACCUACUUCUGGACUUCCUAAAUGUCUAUGCAGGUAUUAAAGACGUAGGAGGCCCUUUUGGGGCCAGCCACUGUCAACUAGAGUUGAGAUAUAAUAUUAACUUUCUUUCACCCUCAGUUUAGUUGUGUAGAUUAUUUUAAUCUGCAUGUUUUAUUCAUUGUUGCAUUUUUCUCAAAAUGAGAUAUAUUGCAGAGGGGAAAACCCAGAGAUAACAAAAUAGCAACAGUAGAAUAAUUAUGUAGUUAUUGCUAUUUUUUUUCCUUUUUGUAAAGGCUUUAUCUAGGAGACUAUCGGAAUAUCUUUAAUGAAACUUCAAUAUCUUGAUUAAAUUGCUGCCAGCCCUUGAAAUAAUUAGCAUUCAUAUUACCAAGAAAGCUGCACUUCAGUUGAAUUUGGUGUUUUCUAAAUGGCUGGUGAUUCAAAUGGUGUUAUGGGGGAGGAAAGCUUUGGGGCUCUCCAGAUUUCCUUUCCUUUUAUUGAUGCUAUUUUCUUAAAGAAAUCUAGAAAACAUCAUCUCACACCCUUGUGGCACAUUACAAUAAACACUUCUUUCAAAUAAAAAAAGUAAAGAGAUAAUGCCCUUUUAGAAAGUGCCUCCAAAGAUAAGUUGAGGGCUGGAGUGGGAAAGCAAAACCAUUAAGCAAAUUGUCCUAUAAAGGUUACAGUGAAUGAAAAAGUAAGAACUCAACACAUUUGAAUGAUGAAUUUUCCAUUAGUGUAAGUUUUGAUCUGUUUUAAUUGUUGCAACUUAAUUAUUUUAUAUUUUGCAUAUGUAAAUGUACAAUGGUUGGGAAGGAAAUUAAGAGGGGGAACAAUUAGUUGAUUAGCAGUUUUAUUAAUCUGGAAGAAAACUGAGUAUAUUCCAGAAAGUAGCAUUAAUUUUGUAGGUUUAUAUGAAAUCAAAAAUUUCCACGUGUUCUCAGUAAGCGACAUUUUGAUUGAGCAAAAUGCAUGCGGUGUCGUGCUGCAAAAACCCACCACAAUGCUCAGAUAGAAAUUGUCAGCGAGGCCAAAAUGGGGCCUCUGAGAAACAAGAGAGAUGCAAGUUUGGGAGAACCUGAGGUUUGCAGAAGUAGGUUUUUUUGGUGGAUGGGGACAUCCUCCCUCCCCCCUCUGUCUGGGGUGGAAAAAUCAAAAGAGAGUUUAGCAUAUUCAUUCAGGUCAAUUGGAGAGGGUAAAAACAGGUGUAUAUGUGUGGAUGUGGGUACGUUGGUCGCCUUGAGCUUUUUAAAGUAUCCUGUCUGGAAGGAACCCAGAACAGGAACAUUCCUGACAGAAGGUGAGGAUCCACUGCAACCUUUUGUUGCAGAUCUAGUAUGGAUUGUCUAGUCAAUAAAUAUGGCACUGAAAUCAAUCUAACUCACGUUUUGAUGCAAAGCUUCAUCUUUACUUCCAAUUCAUGAGCUCUAGCCAAAUAUAGAUCUACUUUUGCGUUUCCUUUCACAUCCUGUUACCUGUUAUUGCUUACGUAUAUCCGUUUUUGACACGAAUACCCUCAAAGCGACUUUCCAACUAAUCAUAAUAAAAAUAGUAAAUUCAGUAUCAACACUAAACAUCAGUAAAAACCGCAAAAUAAAACCAGCGGACGAAGCAGCUAAAAGCAGUUUAAAACCAAUACUAUUAAAAGCGCAAGCAAACCUUCCGCACGCCACAUUUAAUUGAGUUGUGUCCAGUACAAGUUGUUGUCUAUAAUGAGCAUAAAGUUGAGCACAUUGAAUUUUCUCACUUCGCUAUAAGCUCCUCUCAGUAGGAGCAGAUAGAAGAAUCCUCAGCCAAAUAUAGCGGCCGCAAUGUUCAAGUUAUGUCAUGGGUGUGGGAAGGCUUGUUGAACCAAUUUGGCAUCCAUUUUUGUAAUUCUAUCCCUUGGCUAAAUAACUGCCAAUUCUUCUACCUUUUCUAUUCCUCCAGGUUUGCUAUGGGGUUGGUUCCCCCCCCACACUCCGAAUAUGCAGUACGUGAGGAAUGAAAGACAUUUGAGUGCUUUAUGUGCCUUUUGUGACCACAUUAUAUAUAUAUAACACACGCUGAAUUAAAAUCGCUAACACGACUAUGGAAGUCUUCUCUGUCUAUAGCUGAGGACUUUCUGGUGCAAGUGAAUAUGCAGUACAUGAGGAUUGAAAGACAUUUAUUUGAGUGUUUUGUGUGCCUUUUGUGACCACAUUAUAUAUAUAUGCGCACACUGAAUUAAAAUCACUAAGUCUUUUCUGUCUACAGCUGAGGACUUUCUGGUGCAAGUGAAAAGUGAUCCUGGCUUGGCUCCAACAAGCCAUCGCAGCUCUUACAACCACAGACACAUGUGCAGCUCUCACACCACAGACACUGGCACACAACCUCAGCUGCAAUUUGGUGGAGUCGGUUCUCCCAUUCACCUGCCUUCUGUCCUUUUUAUUCUGGGUGCUUUGUGUCCCUUAUGUAGCAACGUGGCCAUACUCACCCUCUUUCGACCUGCCCCUUCAACCUCCAUGCUUUGGUGGCUGCAUUAAAACUCCCUCAUGGACCACAUCUCAUCCACCAUGCCCUGGGAGAAUGUUUUUUUCAUCAUAGGAACACUAGAAACUGUCAUAGGUCCAUCUAACUCCACAUUGCCUGUCACUGACUGGCAGAAGCGGCUCUCCGUGGCUUCAGGCAGGGAACCCUUUCCAGACUUUCUUGGUGAUGCCAUGAAUUGAAUGUGGGACGUUCUGCAUACAAAUUUGAUUCUCUUCCACUGAGUUACAGCUCUUCCAACAACCACCGUAAGCGAUGCCUCCUGCAAGAACCAUCACCUUUAUUUUAUUUUACUUAAUUGUUUUUUUAAAAAACUUGUACUUUCUGAGGUAAACCUCGAUUCUCCCAGCUAUCCUCCUCGGGCCCUUUGCAUUUUGGCUUGUUGCUUUUCAGAGUUUUUAAAGAUAAAAGGAUUAAUGUUAAAAGAGAGAAGGAGAUUAUCAUUAUCACAUUAUCUCCACAGAUGGUGCAAACAACCCAUUUGGUAAACAACAGAGUCCUUGUUAAUCCUGUCUCUCUAUCUUCCCCCAGUUUUAAGACUUUCCAAAGAAACCACUAUUGAUCUGAAAACCUUUGGGAUAUUUAGCUCAGGAACUGUAAUUGAAGGAUGAUUGACCUGUUUUUAUUAAGCCUUGCUAGGCUAUGGUGUCAGUUGUGUUUAAUUUUGGCAACAAAGUGCUUUGUUCUGCAGGGAGACCUUGCGGAGGUACAUAUGUGCCACUGUAAACAACGAGUAGGUAUUGUGGUCAUUGUUGUUUUCCCCCUGGUGUUGCAAAUCUAAGUAGGAACAACAGGGACCUGAACUUUCUGUAGCCCCUCAUUGACUCGAAUGAGAAAUGCAGGUGAUAAUCACCUCUGAUAACAUUGUUCUUGGUUAGCCAUGUGCAAAAUGCACCACAGGUGUCAGUUGUGGAGCAGAGGAUGACAGUGUCAAGUCACAGGGAGCUCAGAAGCUUGGCUGAAAGACAUCCGUGUAGCUGAGCAGCUUCCAUGCUAUUUUAUAUUGUUGGUGUGAGCAGUGAAGUGAAGUACUUUUGUGGUAUCCUACCCCUCCCCAAUCUGGGGGAAGCUUAGGCUGGGUCUUGCUGGGUCUCCGCAUUGUAGGGCAGGGCUAUAGGGGUGAUUUGCCUUCCCACAUGAAGCAGCCCAGCGGCCUUUGAGGAACUGUUGUGUUCCCUUUGCUUGUGUGGGUGGGAUACAGCCCUGAAUUUUGAGCUACCCAGCUUUAGGGUUUCAUGACUGAUGGAAGACUAAUAGGAGACCUAACAAAAGGACUGGCUUUGCAUUACUUGCCUGUUCUGUGUAGUCUUAAAAGAACUCAGGCAAAAUCAAAAAGUGUCACCGGAUUAGAAACUGUACAGCAGUUUUGGGGAAGCCCUGACCCACAAGCCCAGUCUGGCCCAGCACGACUCCUAAUUUAGCCCACAAGACCCCAAAGUUUUGGCCACCUGCCCUGCACCUGAUGCCAUAUAUGAUGCCAGGUGUGCGGCAGGUAAAGUUGUGGCUGCAAAGACACAAUCAGGAGUAUUUAAGUGUGCAAACAGGGCUUGCAUUGGGUGCCUUUUAAAUUUGACACUCAACACAAGCUCUGUUGAAAGUGAGGGUUGUCCUGCAAACUCCAUCUGUCAAAGUGACCCACAGGAGUGGGGGGAGGUCAGCAUCUGCUCCCCACCCCUUCUCUACAGCAAGAAAUCUCAAUGUUGAUUAAAAAGGUAAUUUUGUUCCCGAUAUCCAACGUGCUGUUUUUCAAUAGUGAGGUGUUAUUUAAUAUAGUAAAUGCUCCUAUCGCAGUUCUGAGGUAUUGCAGCAGCCAAAGCUGCAAUCCCACAGCAAGAGCUGGUGCCAUCAAUGGUUCUUCAGGAUAGUUAACUUUAACUCCCUGUUGUCUAAGGAUGCACAUUCCCAUGGGCAAGGAGCUGAUGUCACCAGUAUCAGUUGGGGCAGUAAAUGGCUCAUGAGAUCAUGGAACAAUGUGAUGAGGCCAUCAGCAAACUAUUGUGGUGAGUGCCCUGAUGACAAUUACAUUUCUCAUUCAAUCACAUUGUGUUCUCUUCCUUUUUGGUAUUGGAGGUCCAUGAGUGGAAGAUUCCUCUAUGUGGUCUGUAUGGCUACAGGGAUUUACUGUAUAUGCACUCAAGUUCUGCUGGUUUCCGUACAGUUUUUAAGCCCCAUGUGGGACUGCGGCCCUAUUACUCCUCUUCGCUGCACUAUAUUGCCAUGAUGUAAUAAUUGCACUGCAUUUUCAUUCGAAGAUACCAUUCCUCUGCCAAGGUUGUAUAUUGUCUAUAGCAUAACAGAUGUGCAAUAUGUUGAUUGGUGGUCCUGUGCUGCAUUUUCUAGUCUUCAUCAUAUUGUGGGGUAUGCUUGUUUCUCUUGUGUCAUCUGGAGGACUUUUCACCUCUGCAGCCAUCCUUCUCUAUUGGGCCAGUACUUGGUUUUGCAUUUUGGGGGCUGUUGGAACAGGAGCAUUGUGUGUUAUGGGUCCUGCUGGGCUGGGGGUUAGAAAUGUUUGGGUCCUUCUGUAUCAUAGGCCAAGCUUAUAUUUGAGGUAGGGCUGUACUGCUUUUACCCUGUUUUGAACUUUGUUUUGAACUUUGGCACCAAACUGGGCAUAAUCAUCCCACCUCUAAAACAAGGUGGCCGAUGAAGGGGGAAAGCAAAGCGAUUCAUCUGGGGCAUGUUUAUUAAAACGAAGUGGCUUUUUACUUCUGCUUCCAACCCCAGGUUGAAUGGCCACCCAUUGAAUGUGCAGUGGUUUGCCUGUAACAUCAAAAGCAGGAGAGAUGACAGACACUUGUCAGGUCACUUGCAUGUCUUUGUUUAGCUUGGCGGGGCACACAUUGUGUUCCAAUGAAUGCAAGUGUGAUUUGUGCCAUUUUGAAGGUCCGUAGUUCAGUGGUAGAGCAUCUGUCUUUCAUAUACAGUGGUGCCCCGCAAGACGAAUGCCUCGCAAGACGGAAAACCCGCUAGACGAAAGGGUUUUCCGUUUUUCAAUGCGCUUCGCAGGACGAAUUUCCCUAUGGGCUUGCUUCGCAAGACGAAAAUGUCUUGUGAGUCUUGAGAUUUUUUUUCACUCCCCCCCUUUUUCUAAGCCGCUAAGCCUUUAAUAGCCUUUUAGCAGCUAAGCCGCUAAGCCGCUAAGCCUUUAAUAGCCGCUAAACCGCUAAUAGCGCUAAUCCGCUAAGCCGCUAAUAGGGUUGCUUCGCAAGACGAAAAAGCCGCUAGACGAAGAUACUCGCGGAACGGAUUAAUCUCGUCUUGCGAGGCACCACUGUAGGGUAGACAUUAGUGAGGUAGAUGGACCACUGGUCUGACUCAGUAUAAGGAGGCUUCCUAUGUUCCCAUGAUGUGCGCUGUGUGUUUCUUUUAAUACCAUAAAGUGGUUUUUGUUGCUGUCUCUUCUUGGGAAUCAUAAACGUGCACAUGAUGAACUGCAAAUGCUCUCGGUCCUGUGACUUUGGAUUCAUUCUUGUCAGGAGGAUGUAUGUAGAGUACCUUGUUAGAGGUGGCUUGGAAGAGAAGAUUCAUUGUAAGCCAAACAGAAGCCUUUGAAUGUAUGACUUGGAAAUUACACGGCCGCACAGAGUGAAAGAAAGCUAUUGUUCCCUAUGGAUGCCAAAGCAGCAAAUAAAAGGAAUGCAUGCAUGGAAAUAAAAGCAAAUAUGCAUUUUUUUUUGGAGGGGAGGAUUCAAAAUGUUUUAGUGUGUGCAUGUGCUUCUGUUAAACUUUCUCUAAAGAAUAAGAGUUUAAUAUGAAUAUAGAAAUAAUAAGAGUGAUACAUACUUUCCCAUCUUUUGUGUCACAUACAUACAUAAUGCCCCCUUAAAAACUGACUUUAAAAAUAUUCUCUUGGUAACUCCAUGAGGUGAAUUAGGUUGAGUGAUGGGCCCAGGCUCAGCCAAUCCUGAUUCAUGCAUUCAUAGUGUUUCCAUGUACAGUGGAACCUUGGUUCUCGAACAUUUCGGCUCCCGAAUGCCGAAAGCCCGGAAGUAAGUGUUCUGGUUUUUGAACGUUUUUCGGAACCCGAACGUCCAAUGUGGUUUGUCGGCUAUUGUUUCCUGGGCGCCUGCACCAAUCGGAAGCCGUGCCUUGUUUUCGAAUGUUUCAGAAGUUGAACGGACUUCCAGAACGGAUUGUGUUUCAGAACCAGGGUUCCACUGUAGUUGUUGUUGAAGUUGCCUAUGGAAAAGGCAGGAUGCCUCUCUAAAUAUUAGGGAGAGAUUGCAAUACCAGGCGCUCCCCAGGAUCUGGCAUCAGUGUGGCAAGUUCAUAACACACACACACACCAUUGUAGCUGUGGUAAUGGAGUUAUUCCGCAUGUGUUAUUGAGUGUAUGAACAGGCUCCAUGAACUUUACGACUCAGCAGAAAUUAAAAACCUAGUCCUAUCCAAUGUGCUACUAAAUAUACCAUACUUAAGGUUAAAAUAUGUUGCAUGCUUAAUUACAGCCAUGGAGGUGGGGGGUUUUUGGGGGGAGGGGGUUCGAAACACACAGGGAGAGGAGGUUUUUCCUUUUAACUCCCUAACCAAAAUCCUCCAAAGUCACCCCCUUGGGGUGCCAGUAGGAAUUUUUUUAGGGGGGGGUUGGGGUUGGGUUGAGGAUAGAAGAGGGAAGAAGUCUUACUAUCCCUGCAUGCUGUUAUUUUUGUCACAAUCCCUCCCACCCCAAGCAACUGUAAUUGAUUUAAGGAAAAAAUAGAGACAUAGCAUCAUGCUACACGUUAAGUGUAACAUGUAGUUUGGCCCCCAAUCUGUGUUGAUUGGGAGGGGUCUGUAUUGAUUGGGUUGAUUAGAUUCUGUAGAGAAUCUGACCUUCUCUCUCUGCCUUAUCAUCUGCAUUUAACUACCUUUGGAUUUCUCACUAGCUGGAGUGUUUAUCUGACACCCUCUUAAUCCAUUGUACUUCUAAGUGCUGCUAAAGUUGCCGGUUAAAUAAAUUUGGUACUGCCCUAUAAUCCAUGCAAACUUCAUUUGCAGGCUGAGCCGAUGGCAUUGUCCCUAAUGCUGAGAAAACCCAACUUUUUUUCAAUAAUUAAUUAAUUGAAUUGUUCUUACCAUCGGUAUCAAAUGAGCACACUGUAAGCCAAAUGGGGCUACACUGGUUUUGUUUGUUUUUUAAACUUUGUGGGCAUCUACAAAUCAUAAGCAGACGAUAAUACAUAAGCUGUCAGAUUUAAACUAUCUCUAGAAAAGAAAAGAAUUCCCAUAGCAUCCCCUUCUAGGGAACAUACACUGUUUUUGUGGCUUAACUGUGAUAAGACAUACACCAUAGCUGAACUCAGGUACUUGAACUUAGACCUCUCUAAGAUGGCCAGAAUUAAUUUAACUCCCUUUGAUUCAGAGCUGUAGCUUAGUAGGAGAGUGUAUGCUUUGAAUUCGGAAGGUCCCCGGUUCAAUCGCUGACCUCUCUGGGUAGGGCAAGGGAAAAAAGCCACACAGCAUUAGAGAGCAUAUCUUACAGAUGUUCUCUUCCUGUGCAAAUGCCAGAAGAGGAAGCUGGAAAGCUAGAUUUCUUCCUCCUUUGUUAGCAUGUAGGCAUAAUGCAAAGGUAAAACCUUGAGGGACACAUACCACUCUUCCAUAUUCAAACAAAAAAAGAAUGGAUGAAAGAACAAUAAUUUGGAUGUCUUUCUAGAUAAGUCCUCUUAAUUGUACAUAAGACUAGCAAGGCUUAAUAAAAAGUCAGUUUUCCUUCAGAUUCACACCAUACAUUUACAACACAUUGCUUCCCCCCAAAGAAUUCUGGGAAUUGUAGUUUGUUAAAGGUGCUGAGUAUUGUCACUCUUAGGUGCAAAGUACAGUUCCCAGGGUUAUUUAUGGGAUGCCAUGUGCUUUAAAUAUAUGGUGCUAAUGUGACUAUAUCUCUUAGAGCUCAUUAUUGUUUAUGUUUCUGGAUUUCUAAGAACCUGGCCUUGAAGGAGGAGCUGGAGAAAAAAAUCAAGCUAUACUAAAAGUCCUUCCUCACCUUCACAGUGAAGGUGGGAAGGCACUUUCUAAAACAUUUCAGUGUAAGGGAGAGAUUCUCAUGAUUUUGUGGCAAGGGGGAUACCGUCCAGAUGAAGCAGCAGACGAUAAGUUUCUUUUCAGUUUUUGAAACCAACAGCAGAUUUUUCUGCAGCUUUAACUUCUGGCAAGAUUGUUCAGCCGAGCAACAUCCAUCUUCAUUAGUAAACAGAUGCCCAGUGGGAAUAACUACAUCAUGAAAAAAGAUCAUUACCAUGGAACUGAAUGGAAAAGAAAAUGGCUGCCCCCAUGGGCAGCCCAUGAUGGCAGCCAUCUUUUUCCUUUUUCUGCAUAAUGUCCGGAGUAAUGGUACUAUGUUGUGAUGUAGCCUCGGGGCAUCUGUUUGUUAAUGAAGACUGAUGCUGAAAUUUUUGCCUUGUCCAAAAAGAUUUAAUCCCACCCCAAAAUCAGAUACUUUCUUUCAACUCUUGAUAUAUCGGGGACUGUCUUCAUGGAGCCCCCCGCCGCCGCUGUGGGAGCACCAAAAACAGCCUGGUUUAGCAGUCAAGAAAUUUCAGUCAUCAGCCAUGAGGUAAUACUUGAAUCGUGUUUUGAAAAGAAGUUAAACUACAAAUCAAACUGAUGUAGGCUUGUGCAACAUGAUUUUCUUUCUUUUUCUUUCUUUCUUUCUUUCUUUCUUUCUUUCUUUCUUUCUUUCUUUCUUUUUUUUUGAAGACCAAUGAAAGGAAAUAUACGCAACACUAAACGCUAAAUUUUAUUUUUGGCAGGUGGUACCAGACCUUCUAUUAUUCCAGCAUUUUCCACUUUGGUUGUGAAUAGUGGACAAGAGUUAAAGCUGUUGUGUAGUGAUGGUGGCACUGUGACCUGGGAUUUUCAGAGUUCGGACCCAUCAGGAAAGCCCCUCAUUUCAGAAACAAAGGAGUUACACAUAAGUAAAGCAGAAGCAAGCCACACAGGAACAUAUACAUGUACAAACACAGAGAGAUCGAACAACUCAAUUUAUGUUUUUGUUAAAGGUAAAUAUUACUGUUUUUUCCCCCUCCUCCUUACCUGAAAACUUGGUUUGUGCUUCCAUUUAUAUUGAUCACAUUGGUGCUUUUGAUAUGAUGUUUUCACACCUUAAGAAACCAGUGUAUCGGAUGAACCCUUCAGAUACCUGCUGCACCACAAGGUUGUCUGAACAAAUGCUUAGGUGUGUACCAGUUAAACUAUCACUGAACUGAUAGGUAUAGGCUACUUGCUAUCCAUUAUUCUAGGACGUGGCAGUCUUGAUCUAAGACCACAUUACCCUCAAACAACUGCUCCCAAGAAGCAUUCCGGAGAUGGAUGUAGCAUAAAACCUUUGUUUGUCUUUAUGGGAAGUUAGGGCCAUGUCAAAGGGCAUAUUGAAAUGAGCCUUUUAGGCUGCAAUCCUAAACACGCUUUUUAGGGAGCAUGUCCCAUUGAACAUGGUGGGAUUUCUGAGCAAACGUGCUUGGGAUUGUGGUGCAGGUAUAUUAAUUCAGGGCAUCUGCCUAUCACAGGCUUCCCCCUCCUAUGAAACAUGGGCAUUCCUCCCCUCCACACACACACAAAAUAAUCCUCCCACAUUUUUACAUUAAAAAAUGCAGACUUUUUGCUCUUGAGGGCUGCAAAUAGACAUGCUCAGUAGAUAGACAAUUUGAAUUGUUGUGCUUCCUGGCAACCAGAUGGGUGGCUGGAUCUAUGCCAGCAGGGAAAACGUGAGCUCAGAUACUGGUUGGGAGCGGCUGGAUCAGUUUUAGUUCCAUCCUGCUCCACAGUUUCGUUUAUGCUUAUUUGCUUAUGACAUUUGUAUGCUGCCCUGUAACAUAAAGUUCUCUUGAUGACCGACAGUAAAUAAGUAAUGAAACAAUGAAAAUGCAAAAUAAGUCAAGAAAAUCAAAAGUUUCACAGCCAAGCAAAAACUCACCCCACCUGCAAAGUUAAAACAUAGAUUUUAAAAACAGAGAGGAACAGACAACAUGAGGUGAAUCAAAAAGUUUUCAUCUGCUGUCUGAAAGAUAGUGACUGGCCCUGAGAAGGUUGUUCCACAACCAGGGUGCCACUACCAAAAAAGCCUUCUCCCUGGUAGUUAUCCAACUCUCUUCAUUCAGCGCAAAUGCUGAGAUCUGGGCCUCAAAAGAGCAUUGUACGGUUUAGGUAGGUACGUAUGUUCAUAGGUACAUAGUUGUGGAAAAGAAGAGUAGAUGUAGUUCAAAUAACCAUGUAGCCACCUGUAUCAGGACUGGACAGUGAAGAUUCACCUAGAGGCCAAGCUGUGGUCCUCAAGAUGUUUCUGAACUGCAACUUCCAGCAGCCUCAGUCAGCAUGGCUAAUAGUAAGGGAUGGUGGAUGUCAUUGUCUAGCAGCAUCUGGAAGGCCACAGCUUAGCCAUCCCUGAGAUGUAGGAUCAGAGAACUUACUUGUAAUAUCACCUACCACAAGUAAAUUAUUGGAUCCUGCAGUUGGGGGCCAGAGUCCUUUGCAUCUCUCUUCAUUAUUCAUGGCUACUGCUGUGUCUCCUCUCUUUCAGGAUAAUCAGGCACAGUUUUUUCUCAUUGCCAUUUGAUGAGAAACCCCAUAGUGUCUAUGGAGAAGUAUCUGCUCUGCCGAUUUCCUUAAGUGAGCCACUUUAGGGAUUUCUGUACACUUUGUUGACUAGACGUCAAAAGGAGCUGACUCCAUUGACAAAACAUGGCAAUGGAGGUAACGCCAAAAGGUACUGGAGUUCCUCUCGGCAGUGAAAUACCUGUGAUGAUUGAUUCACACAUGCGUAUGAUCUAGUAAGGUUGUAGCCAUCAAGUGUUGAAGAUGUACAUCUGAACAAACACUGAGGUCCAGGUGGAAACUGCUGAACCAGUGAACCCUGCCCAAUAGUUUUGACCUCGGUAUUUAUAGGGUUUUAAACCAAGGAUCAACACUGAAACUUGUUUUGAAGGCUAAAACUCAGUAUAUAUGAUAGUCAUCAGAGGCACAUCUGAGCAGCAUGCUUUCCCCUUACUACUGAGUAGCCCAAGGCUGUUGCCACAGAGCUGAAACUGGAAGCAGGACUGAACUUCCAGUAAAACUUGAGGUCCAGUAACACUAUUUUGAAACAUUGGUUUGGGGAUUUGUUCUGGGCCAGAAGGCUCCAGAAAGAUCCCUUUGAGACACAAUUGUUCCUGUUGUUGAUGUUCAGGCUGGGGCUUUUUACUUGAGCAGAUUGGAAAGAUGCCCAUGUAAAGCCCAAACAUCUUCAGAAUAUCAUGAAAUAAGGGGAUCUGAAGUAUGAGUUUCUAAUGAGUUGUGGGCAGCUGUUCUGUGGUCCUUUAUCUUACUAAAGGGAUUUAUGGAAGCACCGCCAAAAGUGCAUGUUUUCCCUAAUUUUUAUGAUCUGCUGCUGGUAACACUUAAGGACUGGUUCACACAUGUGUGCAGAUCACUAAAUUUUUCAUUAAUUGAUUUUCCAAUAAUCCUGAAGGGCAGUUGAAUGUGUGAACUUACUUCAUGGGAAAACUUUGCUUCCGUGAUGUGAGAUGGUUUGAAACAUCUGAUUAGUGGUAUUAGAACUAUGAUACUACAUUCAUAUAUGUAAGACAGGAAGUGAUGAACAGAAAUACGUGUGAACCAAGAAGCAUUUUUAGUAGUGCAUUUCUGGUACCAUUCCCACCACUGUCUGCAAAACUUUUUCUGUGGUGCUUGGUUGAUGUCUUUGAAUUACUUUUGGCCUUCAAUUUGUUGAUUUCUUCUGCUCUGUGAAGUUGCACAGAAAGAAAAUGUAUCCAUGCUGCCCAUCUGUCACUGAGAGUUUAUUUUCUUUGCAAAAUGUUCUGUUUGUUAUUUGGUGGUAGUCAGGGAGUAUGGCGUGUCUGUCCUAUUUUAUUACAUUUAUAUCCCAUAUUUAUUCCAUUGUGGAAUCCAAAUUGGCCUUUGGUUCCCAUUAAGUCUCUCAUCCAAGCCCUGACCAGACUAAGGCCUGCUUAGCUUCAGCAAGGUGGUACAUGGGGAAUUCACAUGGGGAAUUCUUCUGUCGGUGCUACAUCUCUCUCACUGAUAUGUCCCAUGUGUUUUCAUCAUGCAGAUGCUACCAGUGUGAUGCAGGUUCCAUCCACAGAUGGGAAAUCAAUCGGCACCCCACAUUAGUAACAUAGAAUCAAACUUUUCUCAUCGUUUUACCUCAAAAAGUACUCCCAAAUGAACACAGAACGCUUCCUGCAUUAGGUGGCUUCCCUGUUUUCUGGAAGGGGCAGUUCUGCCCAUGCAUAUAGAUGCAUCGUAAAGCCUUUGAUGGGAAUAAUGAAUCCUGUUCAUGCAAGCGCUGUGUGCCAGUCAGAGUGGACUCAAGCCUGUGGUUUGUGGUAGGAGGGGAGGAGUAUGUUAAGGUGUUUUGAGGAUUGCAGUAGAUGGAAUAAGCCUUUGCUACCAGUUAAAAUAAUUUCUAUUAAGGUUCUAUUCUGUUAUGGAGGGAUUUCCUAACACUUUCAGUAGGAAUUUCUGUUUGUGAAUGAGAUGGAAAAAACUAUUCAUGGUAAUGUACUGAAGUGUGAAUUUUACUGUGUGGGCUCCUAUUUCAUACUGAAAUCUAAAUAAGCAAAAGGAAAUUGUACUAUGAAAGGAAUUCUGACAUUCUGUGAUCUUAUUUCCCCCAUUAGGGCUUGCUAACACACGGUAGGAUGAGCUGGAAAGCAUAGCUAAAGUAAUUCCAUUCAUUUAAUUUGCUCUGUUCUCCUGGAAACUUAAAAAUACCUCACCAGUUUCCAGAAGGAGACAAUUUUAGUAUUUCCUUUGGCCUCACAGUUUGCCAAUAGUGAGCAACAACUAAGUCUGUUUCUGGCUAAAAACCCAAUCUAUCUAUAGACUUAAUUCAAAAUCCCUUGUCAUAAUCACAGUGUUAUAAGACUUUAAUUUUGCGGAAGUUCUUUUUGGAUGCUUUUGGGAGAUUUUUCUCAUUUCCCCCAAAUCUGUCUGGUCUUAAAGUUAGUAGCCCUUUGAAGACAUUAGGACAAAUUGAGCCAAUUACAGUCAGCUUCUGAUGUGUGGGUACCACAUGUGACAGUAAGAGGUCCACUGUAACAGAGAACUGAUUAGCCAAUGACAUCAAGAUCUAAGACAGGCAGAGAGAUCAGAGACCUAUGAGAUGUUUACAAGAGGAAAGGAUGAAGUGGGUAGUAAAAGAGCCCCCUUUUACUGGGGCCAGUGGUCAGGGAUGAUGGGCGUUGUCCAACAACAUCUGGGUACCCAAUGUUGGGAAAGGCUAAUCAGGAGAAAUGUUCAUGGAGGCUCAGAACCCACUCAGCUGACAACCCAUUAGUUAACAUCCUCAUAAUUUUCAUUCUGUUAUUUUCAAGCCAUGAAUGUCUGAAGUACACUUGGAGAUGAAUUUAUAAAGUUUUGGGGACAGUCCCAGCAAAAAUAAGUCCCAGAGGAGUUUUCCCCCCUGUUUUUCAAUUAUGCUGGAAAGCAUCUUAAUGAUGAUUAAAAAUGGAUAAGGAUUUUUUAGUACAGAAUUCUUUAAUUGCCUAAAUUUCAGAAAAAGGACGUUUCAAUAGUUCCAAAAAAUUCAGACUCUGUGACUGCCUGAGUCUGUAGCUCUGCUUGUAAAAGGGCUAAGUCCACAUUUUCACAAACACGUAGAAUUACAGAGGACCACAAGACAAUAGAAUCCAACCUUAGCACAAGACUAUUCACUCAGUAUAUUCAUCAAUUCUCAAUGUUCGGGUGAAAUACAUAUACCUCCUGUGUAUCAGAUGAUGGGAGCAAACAACACUGGGUGGCUACUGCUUUUAUGCUCUGCGUGUGAAAUUCCCAUUGGCACCUGGCAGGCUAUUGUUUGCUUGAAACUAAAUCCUCUUAGCCUAAAUCAAGGUGCACAACAAGCAGAAAAGAUGCCUUACUCAAAAAGGUUGGCUCCAAAUUUGAUCAGAGUGGUAUCCAACAUUAGUCACUGAGUACAGUAGACACUUCCUUUCUAUUGAGAUCAGACAAGCUCCUUCCCUACUGCACUUCAGGUACCAUCUGAAUACUUUUUAAAGUUCCAGCAGGCAUUUUAAACAAGCUUUUCCGAUGUUAUGGUUAAUUUUAACCGAUUUUAUCUAUCCUGUUUAUUUUUGACCUUAUUGCACACCACUUGGAAACCUCAAUAUUAUCAUCAUCAUCAUCAUUUUUAAUUUGUAUACCGCCUUUCUAUCUUACAAUACUCAAGGCUCAAGCUGAAGAAACAAAAAAUGUACAUCUUAUAACAAUCUAAUGCAAUACAAAAAGGUGAUAAUAAAACAUAACUUUAAAUAGGCAACCUCCAUCAAAAAAGUAACAUUCAACAAUCAUUAGAAUAGUGUAAAAUAAUAAUACCAACAUAUAACAUCUAAAAGUUAAACAGAAAUCCACUCAACAGUUACAAUAAUACCUAAACUAGAAUCAAUAAAACAAUGGCAAGCCACAGUACAUAAAACAAUACAAUACACAUUGAGAAGCAGAGAGUGGGGCAAGGCAGGUGGAAGGAGGCCUUGCCUGAUGGAGUUCUUCCCUCAGUUCUUCCUUAAGCGGUAUAUUUAUGUAUUCGUUUAUAGAAAUAUUUAUAGAAAUAUUUAUAUACGCCAGUAUAUCAAGAUACAUCACAGCAGUUUACAACAAUUAAAAAAAACACCAUAAAACCAAACAAUAAAAUCAUAAAUUGUUGGAGGGGGGAAAUACUUGUGUGAAGAUUUGUGUUUUACUGUGUUUUCAAUAUUUUGUUGGGAGCCGCCCAGAGUGGCUGAGGCAACCCAGUCAGAUGUGGCCAUAUAAAUUAUAAAAGAAGAAGACGACGACGAAUGGUAAUAGUUGUUGUUAUCAUCAUCAUCAUUAUUUAAUAUAUAGUCUUCAAGAAAACUGUUUUCAUUUUCAUUUCAGAUCCAGCGCUCCUGUUUUUUCAUGAGCCUGUCACAUACGCGAUGGAAGAUAGUGAUGCUCUCAUUCAGUGUCCAGUGACAGAUCCAGACAUUUCAAGUUUCACUUUGAAAAGGUGUCACGGGAAACCUCUGCCUGAGAAUAUGGAGUUAGUUCCUGAUCUUCAGAAAGGAAUUACCAUAAAAAAUGUACAGAGAUCAUUUUUUGGUUGUUACCAGUGUGUGGCGUAUCAAAAUGGAGAGGAGAAGGUGUCAGAAUUUAUCACACUAGUUGUGAGGGCAGGUAAUUCCUCUUUACUGGAAUAUCUAGUAAAACCAUAUUGAUGACUGCUAUUAUUGUGUACAGACUUCUUCCUGCAGCUCAGGCAGCCAUUAUAGUUGGUAUACCUUUAUAUAAGAUUGCAUGUUAACAAGGGUAAAAUAAUUAGAUAAUUAUUUCUUUCAGAUGGUACACUCAGCUUCCAUCAGUGGAUGGAAAGGCUUUUGGGUUGUAACCUUAUAAAAUGGUCAUGGAAUGAGUUUCCUGGUUAUGCUUCAGUCUUUGCAGGAUUAAAUAUUAUGUGUGCUUAUCUGUGCAUGCUAUAUAGUGCCUAUAAAUGUUUUCAUACUUUAACUAAGAGAUGUACUUGGCAUGAAAGAACAAUUCAAAUACAUUACAGAAAUUUAAAAUACCUCUAGGAGGUCUAAUAUUUUAUUAGGAGGUUAAUAACUUUUGAUUUUUUUCCCUCCUCUCUCUUGGAGGCACUGCAUGUAAUGAAAAACAAUGCACAUCUAAAUUGUUUUCCAGUUCACAAAUCCCUUCCAGCCAUCUCCUUAUCCAAAACCAACCAACUUCUCAAAGAAGGUGAAGAAUUUGAAGUUACAUGCACAAUCAAGGAUGUAGAUAGCACUCUGCAAGCUAAUUGGAUUUUUCAAGGCAGCGCGGUGAGUUCAUUAUACCCCAUCAGUCUUAACUAAUGUACUUGAAAGAACAAUCUUAAAAACACACCACAGGAUCGCAUUGGGGGUGCGUUCUUCAUUAGUUAUGACAAAACAGUAUUCCUGAGAAGUGUCGUUACCCAGAGCAGUAGCCUUGACAAGUCUCAAAUAAGAUACCUCAGUGGAUUCCUAGCCUUUCAGUGGAUUUUUACCCUUUCUGCCACACAUGGCAUGACAGCAACCUACCUGGGACUCUACUCACAAAAAUUCUCAUCUGCUUCUUAGGAUUUAUUUAAAGUAGGAAGUCAUUCUCUCCCAGUAGGUACCAUAGGCCCUCUUGCAACUUCAGAUUUCAUUCUUGCUUUAUGCUUCUUCCUCCCUGCUUUAAUACUUCUUGCUUUGUUUUGUGCCUUCUGGCCAUCCUUGCGUUUCCAUAUUUUCAACCUUGCUGUCAUUCAUUCUUUUUGUUUUAUUAUUAUCUAGACAAAAGACCCAGUUUUGAUAUACUGUAAGCCCAUGUCUCUGAGUGCAUUUGAAGUCACAAGUGCAGAACUGCUAAAAAAAAAACACCUGCCAGGCCUCACAGGGACUUCCAUUUUCAAGGGCUAAAUACAUGUUACAUGUUAAUACAUGAAAGGAACCUAACACAAACAUACUUUUGUUAAGGUAAAGCAGGCUAGACUCUGAAGCUCCUUUGCUUUCUGAAAUUACUGCAUUGGGAACUUCUUAAAUGCGUUUGUAUGCUAGUUAGCAUCCCAGGACCAUUUUAUAGAGAGAAAACUAUUCAGCGGCUGCCUAGGAAGCAGGCUUCAAGGGCAGGCCUGAAUCAUGUAGCCAGUCAGUAAGGCAAGGAGGAAUGAGAGUUCAGGGAGAGGAAGCGCAAUGCCUUUAGGAAUCAAGGCGGUGGUUGAGAAAGCUCCAAACUCAUAUUCACUGUUUACUGCAGGUUCCUGAGGUUGGUAGUGCUUCUGUGAAUUGCUGGCAUAGGUGAGAAGCUGAUCCAGUAGUUAUCCCCUAUCAGGGCCCUGUUAUUCAUGAGCAAGAACCAGUUCCCAGGAGUGGAACCCAGCAAAGUUCAAAUGCAUAGAGGUUCCCAGCCAAGAACUUUUUGAAGUCAAGCAAAGACUGCAGGCUGCUGUUGAAUGUGCUCGUGACUUUACCAAAGAGCAACAACGCAGAAAAGUAGGUCAGGCUUUAAUUUGAGAAAGCCAGACACAUGAGAGGAGCCUGAACAUCUAAAGCAGCACUACUACCGCAUGAAAGGUCUGGAUGUCAAGUCACAAUGCCUCUGAAGUUCACAGUUCUUUGGCAAGGAAUCACAGAUCUCACUGAUUCGUAAUCCGAAUCUCAGCCUCCAGAGCUCUUCAAUCCUUCACACACACAUACAUUUAUUCACUCCCCUGGGACCCGUUUGCCUGUGGCUGUUCCUUUUGUCCUGCUGCUACUAUUACCUGGCUGUGGUGGUGUUUAUUCCUAUUCUAUUUUUUAAAUUUCCAUACCACCCUUCACCUAAAUACCACAGGGGUGAUUUACAAUAUAAAAACAUGAAAAUGCAUAAAGUGGUACCUCUGGAUACGAAUGGGAUCCGUUCCAGAGCCCUGUUUGCAUCCUGAAGCAAACGCGCGUGCGCAGGUUGUGAUUCGCUGCUUCCAUGCAUGCGCGUGACGUCAUUUUGGCCAUCUGCACAUGCGCGAGCGGCGAAACCCGAAAGUAAUGCGUUCUGUUACUUCCGGGUCGCCGCGGAGCGCAACCCGAAAGCGCUCAACCUGAAGCAACUUCAACCCGAGGUAUGACUGUAAUGUUGUAAACAACAACAAUUCCCCCUUCAUGGUAGAAGAGUUGGCCUGUGUAACAAACACCCAAAUGCCAGGGGACAGUAGAGCUACCUAUAACUCCAGCAGCGGCCAGCUAAGAAUAUAUGGUGGGAUUGAGGCUCAUGGGGAUUCAUAGCAGGAAUUCCAACCCCAUAAUGUUCCUGAUAACAAUUGUUGGGUGUGUCUAAUGAAGGUCCCAAAAAGCUCUUUGGGGCUGAAAAAUUACUGACCUGUUUUCUGAUUUUUAAGGGGAUAUUGCUUUGUUAACUGAGCCCAAUUCCAAUUUGAGCUUGGUCAUCAUGAGUAAGAAGUCGAUGAGCAACAAGUAGGCCAGAGACAGUAAAACAAGCAGGCCAGGAAGAGUCAUCCAAGGGAUUUGGUCCCAGUGCUGCUAGGUCCCUUACCUAUGUGAAAUUGAUUUUUAUUUUAUUUUGGGUAACUCCCACUCUGCUCUGAAUCACUGGUAGUGGCAUAUCUUGUAAUUUAAGCAUGCAUGGAAAACUUCUUAGAAGGUCACGUCUAACCUUGCUGAGUACAAUCCCACGGUUAAUUGUCAACUGUUAAUGGCAGUGAUUAGAAUAUAUAAUCAGUGAUUCAUGUGUACCCAGAAAAGGACUAGGGCAGCACUGUAAUGCUAGAUAAAUCGCACAGCCUUCGGGGGGGGGGGGAUACGUCCUGGGUAAUCUGUCCCUGGAGCCCAUUCUCAGCAGAGCUGCUGACUCUUAAGUGCUUAUCUGUUGGCAAAUCGCAACUCGCCCACUCCAAGGGUGAAUUGAGCCUCAGCAGCAUGCGGUCAAAUAUGGGACCUGCAGAUGGGAGAUCUGGGACAGUUCCAAGAGCAUUAUAAAUUUUUCAUACAAAAGCUUGUUUUCGUAUGUACUCGGAUUCAUAUUCUUUAGUUUUGUUUGUUCAUUCUGUUUCCCCGCCCCACAUUUGCAUGAAUUAAAAGCUGCUGAAAUACUGGGGAAGGGUUGAUGCUUUUUAAGAAAUAGUGUUAGAGGAGUCAGUCUGCUAAAUAUGGAAUGAGAGAUGAAAGAGUAUUGGCAUUUAGCUGUGGGCUGGUAACACAGAUUCCCUGCUAAAUGUGGUUAGGAAACCAGGAGUCGGUCUCAAAAAUGGAUGCUCCCUCCCUUGGCCAGAAGAUGCAUUCUCUGCUGCCACGGUGAUGGUUAAUCAAGCAAGUCGUUGGUGCCCAAUUCUGACCCUGGUUACUGCCAACCAGUGGCCGGUGGACCAGAAUUACAUGACCAAAAAUUUCAAUUGUUGGAGAUCCAGGUUUCCCUGAUGUGGAAAUUUGCCAGGCCAAGACUGAAAUCCCUCCAGUGCCACCUCAGUGGUGAUGAAAGAACCACUGUAAUGUCUCUGGACCACAUGGGAGGAGACAUUGAUACGGCAACUUACCAAAGCAGUGUUUCUGGGAACUGGGGCUAUGUCAUCUCAGUGCUGAGAAAGAGUGGUGUUGUAGGCUCCACCCCUACCGCAUGACCCAUGUUCCCCCAGUGUAUUGAAACAGCAUUGCAAAAAGACAAGCUUUUGUAAUGCCUUUCGUGCUGCUGAGGUAAGACUGGGAAGAGUCUACAGCGUCUCCUAAUUAGAAGGCAGACUACCAAGAAUGUAGGAGUGGAUCUGAAGAAAGGAAAUAAGAAAAGGAAAAAAAGGGGUGGUGGUGGGGGAAGUGAGUUCAGCUUUUUUUAAAGAGAGCUCUGAGAACGUAGUUGUUUUGUAUGGAGAGGUUCCAGUGACAGGUUUGUCAUGAUGGCUUAUUAUUCUGGUUUUAAGUUAUGAAUAUUAAUAUGGCAAAGUUAUAAUUACAUCUAUUUUUAAUUUAUCUAGGAAAGAUGCUGUAUACACUGUAUCUUGGAUGUUAAUUUUUUUCUCUCCCCCUUGCCGACAGACUGUUACAGGGAGAAGCAGGAAUACGGGCACUUAUGGAUAUGAAAAGAAAUUAAAGCUGAACAUCAGUUCAGUGGGAGUUAAUGAUUCUGGAACAUUUGUGUGCCAAGGAAGAAACACUUUUGGAACAAUCAAUUCCACUAUAACCUUGAAAGUACUAGGUAAAUAGUAAUACUGCAGAUAUAAAAGAUGUCUGUGCCAUGGGGAGAAUAUAACAUACAGGCUGAGAUGGUUGGAAAUAUAUAGAUAUAUAUAAUACUGUAUUAUGUUAUGCCAAAAAUCAAAUAGCAAGUUUUGCAAUGUGUGUACAUCACAAUGUGAAAACAGGUGCACUAGCAUGUGGAAACAGAAAGUCCUGCUCCUGGUCAACAAAAGAGAGCAGCCUUGGGUUUCCAUAUGUGGUUACCACCCCUUUAAGAAGCCACUAGGAUGUCCUUUGUGUGUACACCCAGAUGGCACAAUACAAAUAAUGUGAUGGCAUGGUUGAUCGUAUAGACCCUUCUCACAGCAUCAGCACCUUCCUGGCAGAAGGAUGCUAAUCCAUAGGAAAGGCCCAUUCAGUUGACCCUUCCUGCAUGACUCACAUGCAUCCAUGCAUUCACACCCCUUCAUUGUGGGACUGCGGACCUGUGUGAGCUGUUCUUGUUUAUCUUGCCAUUGCAGCCUAGUUCCCUGACCUCAUAAGAAUGUCUUACGGGGGUGCACCUGUUCUGCAAGAUGCAAAGUGUGAACUGGGCCUAAGACACAACUUGUGAGUGUAGGAAGUGUUUCUGUCCUUCAGCAAGAGUACUGCUGCUUUCAAAGGAGAACCUAGCCACACAGACCCUUAGUGGUGCCCUAAUUAAGAACUGGGACAUUCACAAGCAUAUUAUGCAUGUGCGUUGUAGGAAUGCAGCACCCUCAGUCAUUGUACAGUCUGAUUUCUCUUAAGUCAUAGCCUCUAUGCUAUUUAUAAGGAAGGUAUUCUAGCUUCAGUAGUUUUGGGCCCCAUGCCUGCCUAUGCAGGUUAAGAAGAAGCAUUACAUGGACGUGACUCAGCAGUUGGGGCAGAGCUGCUAUGCUUGCUUGCCAGCAGAUGGGUCUCUGUUGCUCACCAGGAGUGGACAGGAAGGUUGGGGCAGUGCAAAUGCACCAGUGGAACCAGUUUGGUGCUCCUGCCAGUGCAUGUGCACCACACCAGCUUUCCCACCACUUCACUUCUCUCUCCCCCAGUAGGCAACAGUGAUCCACCUACCAGUAAGCUAGCAUAACUACUUUUGGCAUUACAUGCUACAACAGCCCGCAAUCCACAAACCCAGGUAUUCUAAUUUUUCCACGUCUCCUCGAAGUCAGAGGGAUUGUUUCUGGAAAUUGUGGAUUUCAUCCAUUAUCUUUUCAUCCAUCUUUUCCCUGACCUUUAGUUUAUCUUUUGGUUAGUCAACCUCGGCCAGUGUGUCAGUCAGUCCUCAGUCGACAUGUGAAAAAAAUCUAUGGCCUUACUCCCUCUCUGUGCUGUAAAUGGGUUUGGCACUGCAAAGGUAUAUGGCUGUGAUCCAGUAAUGCAUUCCUACUCUCACAAAGCUUCAUUUGCCGUAGAUGACCAAGUAGCAUCGUGUAAACCAUUUUUUGAAUUGCACACUGCUAUAGGCUCUCCUGUAGUACAUCGACCUGAUUCAGACAUAACACUUAAGUCAAAACAUAACUUGGUGUGAUUGAGAGAACAUGGGGGUUCCUGAACCAAACAUCAUGGAUGCAGCACCUCUCCCAUGGUCUUGCUGCUGAUCCGGUACCCAGGACAAACUCAUGGUUUGGCUUAGCAUUAUGUCUAAACCUGGGUUCAUGGUUUGUCUUGCUCCAGCAAGCGAGCUAUAACCAAGGUUUUUUCACCUUAUACAUGAACUACGCUACUAUGUCAGAGUAUAGAAUUGCAACCAUGUUGCAUCUUUAUGUAAAGUGCACUGAGUAACAUUACAGAAUGGGGGAUUGAUUGAUUGAUUGAUUGAUUGAUUGAUUGAUUGCAUUUAUAAAUCUCUCCACCAAAGGCAACACACAUAAAAUAGUUACGUACCAGCCUUUGCAUGUUAUGUACUUAGGCUGAAAUUCUGUACACGCUUAUCUGAGAGUACGUCCCAUUGAACUCAGUGUGACUUUUUGUCUGAAAGGGUUUUCGCAAAGAGUAUACAGUGGCUGGACUUGGUAGCAAUUUUUGAAAGGCUAACCUGGUAAAAUGGGCACUGCAGCAGAGACGAUUCAGUUUCUAUACAUUAGCAGAUUUUUUUACUCUGCAAAUGGAAAACGCAGGAAACAAGUUCCCAUCUGGUAAUUGACCAUAUGAGAGAGAAGCUGCUCCCCAAAGUGUGCUGGAGUGUUCCCAAAAAGUACAUUUUAGCAUGAAAGGUUUGAUUUCCAGAGCCCUCUAAAAAGCCUGAUCCAUUGUGUCUCAUGAACUCUAGAUGAGUUCUGCCAACCAGCCACCAAAGGUGCUUACAUUGCCCUGUUUAUUAACAUACUUUCCUGAAAAGCAGCCCAGAGUGUGGGAUUGCAGUGACAUGUAGUACUUUUUAAAUAUUAAAAUUACCAUAAGUGCUAAACUGAUUAGGAGCAUAUUCAUGUACUGUAAUUAGCAGGAGUAUUCUGAACAUGUCUUUAUCCGUAAUUGGCGAAAAGGGUGGGUACCCCUCCUCCUCCACCACCACCACUCCGCUUCGUAGACCUUUUAAUUUCACACACAAAAUGAAUAAAACCUAGCUGUUACAUUGCAGCAUCUCUUGAUUCUGUGGAUAUUCUACCGGACCGAAUUCAUUAUCAGCUGCAAACACUUGUGGGCACUGUCCCAGAAAUAGGAUGGGACACCUGGGCAGAAAGAGAUUUAUUGAUUGCUGGAUGCAAUGCAAGUUGCUGGUUCUCACUUAUAAAGUCCUAUUGGCCCAAGAGCAUCUUAUUUUAUUUAAAGCAUUUAUAACCCGCUUUACAUUUUCUAAAAAAAAAAUCAAAGCGGAUCAUAACAUCAAAUUAAAAACAUCAAAUAGAAUAUUACAAAAUAUCAGCAUAAAACAUGACGAAUGAAACUCAGAUACUGAGUACAAUAAAGUUCCAUAUUUAAAGCGGUGGAAUAAACAGGAAAAUAAAAUAUUCUAAACUUAAAAAUAUGUGGAAAAAUAAAAUAUAAAUGUACAAUUAAAGUUUGACAUAUAAAGCAACAUUAAUGGCAAAACAAGAUAACUGUUUCAAGAAGCUUUCUGUUUAUUUGUACUAUUGCAUAGCUCAUUUUACUGAUGACUCAUGUUAGUGUUGUAGGUGUGUUUAUUAUUUACUGUUUUAUAUUUACAUUGGUUGUAUUCUUAUGACAUUUUGUGCUGUGGGCUGCCUUGAGGUCUUGUAUAUUUUUCAAGGGGUAGGAUAUAAAUUAAAUACAAGAAAUGCAUAAGUAAAUAAAUAACGUCCCAUGGACUUUCAUGUCCCACUCAGUGGCUACAUCUAGGCCUGUCAUGCAAAAUGCCUGUACAGAAGUUCAGGAUCCUUUUGUGAAGCAUAAUUGUUCACCUCACUCAGUAAAAUGUCAUUGACGCUCAGUCUUGCAUUUAGCUGAUAAGACCUGCUUUUCCACAGGUUGCAAUUUCUACCAUACUUGUCAGUAAAGUUUGCUUAUUCUCUGCUGACCUUGGUUUAAUUAUACGUGGUUUUAAAGAAACCCAGAUAAUUAUUAUUACUUUUAUCUUUCCGUAUGACAACCACCAGGUAAAGGAUAUGUCAAUUUAUCAACUUCGGCAAACACAACAGUAAAUGUAAAUGAUGGAGAAAACCUGGAUUUAAUCGUGUCGUAUGAGGCAUAUCCAAAGCCAGAAGAAGAAGUAUGGAUGUACAUGAAUGAAACCUUGCAAAAUUCAUCCGAUCAUUAUGUGCGGGUCACAAACAUAGACAAAAACAGGUAAUGUAAUACAUUGCAGAGAAGCAUGCUUUGACAAAGCUGCUGGGAUCUACCCCUUUUCUGGGGAGGGAAGAGCACCCUAAAUCAUUCUGACAAUUCCCAGCUGCCUUUCAAUAUGAUGUACAGGAAAGUAUGUUUCGGGGAUUUCCUACUUAACUUACUGACCAGUGACCACUAAACCUAAUGAUCAAACCCAGUGCUUAGGCUUGUUUGCUGGACUUCUACCGCUUUCUCAGCUUGCUGGAUCCUCUUCUUCCAUUGGUCUUAACCAGGGGUCAGCAAACCUUUUCAGCAGGGGGCCGGUCCACUGUCCCUUAGACCUUGUGGGGGGGACUAUAUUUUGGGGAAAAAAAUGAACGAAUUCCUAUUGUCAGGGAACUGACAUCGGAGCCAGAGGCGGAGGCUAGGCUCUCGAGCGAUGCUGGAGAAGGGCCCAGCAGGGGCAGAGGCAGCUCACCAUCUGGGGAAAGAAAUCAGCGUAACACCAGGGAUAAAGGGGGGCAGAUGGGGGAAUCGGCGAGGGGGCUCCAGGACUCCUCGCCGGAGAUCAGCGAGGAGAGCACGGGUCCUCCACUACCCACGCCCUCCCUGCGCAGAAGACUUCCGCGCAGGGAGAGUAGGAGGAGACUUGGAGUCAAACAACUUUUAUGCUGGAAAAGGUUUAAGAAACGCCCACUGACGGAUUCUGCCAGUGACUGAGCAGCCACGAAGUGCAGGGGCUGUCCAGACAGAAAAGUUUAACAAGGCAACCUAGCCAGGAGUGGCACCAACUUACGCACGAGCAACCCCUACAUUUAUUACACCUAUGCCCCACAAAUAACCCAGAGAUGCAUUUUAAUAAAAGCACACAAUCUACUCAUGUAAAAACACCAGGCAGGCCCCACAAAUAAUCCAGAGAUGCAUUUUAAAUAAAAAGACACAUUCUACUCAUAUAAAAACACGCUGAUUCCCAGACCGUCCGUGGGCCGGAUUUAGAAGGCGAUUGGGCCGGAUCUGGCCCCCGGGCCUUAGGUUGCCUACUCAUGGUCUUAACCAUGGCAGGCAGCUGCUGCAGCAGCAGGAAAGCCAGUCAAGUCAUCGUGCUGUUGCUGCCACCACGUCUAUCCUUCCACAAUGCUUCUGGGGCCCCAACAUAGCCUUUAUCAGGACCAGUGUCACAUCAGGACCACAGAGGCAAUGUGUGUGUGGAGUUGGUUUAAAAGGGUCCCAGCCACAACCACUUAGGCUCUGGUGCUCAGUGGCUGGUAAGUUUCCCUUGCCUCGUCUUGAGACAACUGCAGGGCCUGGAUUGCUGCAGAUGGCCUUUGGGGUCAGUGGUGGGUCCUCAGGGCUUGGACAGUUAGCAGCUGUGCCAACCUCUGAUCCUGGGCAGAGUGAGCUGCCAUACUGUCAUUAUAGCCUGAAGAUUCCAAGCAUCAACUCUCUUCCAGAGUUGGGGAGACACAGCCUUCUGCUUAAGGACACAUUUUGAUAACUCCCAUCAGGCAUAAGGUGUACCUACCAGAGCUGAGAGAGAAAAUAAGUAAUUUGCCAUAGCCAGGUUGAUGGGUACAAGCCUACAUUUACCUCAGGAAAAGCUUGAAAUGAUGGUGAAAAUGCUGCCUGGCCUGCUUUGGGAUAUAAAUUGAAUUCAAUCAAUUAGAGGGCAAGGUUUCUAAAGCAAAUAGUAACAAAUAGCAAAUAAAUCCAACACAGCAGUGCCUAGCUUUGCUAAAUCGCCAAUGGGUGUUACUAGAUGCGUUUCUGUCCCACCUUGGAUCCAAAGAGUGUUUAUUGUGUGAUCCUACAUGUUUGAAGGGACGCGGGUGGCACUGUGGUCUAAACCACUGAGCCUCUUGGGCUUGCUGAUCAGAAGGUCAGUGGUUAGAAUCCAUGCAACAGGGUGAGCUCCUGUUGCUCUAUCCCAGCUCCUGCCAGCCUAGCAGUUCGAAAGCAUACCAGCGCAAGUAAAUAGAUACUGCUGUGGCGGAAAGGUAAACAGCAUUUCGGUGCGCUCUGGCACUCGUCACAGUGUCCUGUUGCACCAGAAGCUGUUUAAUCAUGCUAGCCACAUGAUCUGGAAAGCUGUCUGUGGACAAACACCAGCUCCCUCAGCUUAAAAAGUGGAUGAGACCACACCCCAUAGUCAACUUUGACUGGACUUAGCCAUCCAGGGGUCCUUUACCUUUACAUAAGUUUAUUUUGAAGUAAGUAUUACUGUGUUCAAUGAGGCUUGCUACCAGGGAAAUGCACUUUGGAUAUCAAUCUUAGUGUCAUCUUAGCUACCCAACAUCUCUCGGAAAAGUUAGUCUGAGAAACAACAACUGUUGAUAUAAAGUGACUAUUUGAAGACCACCCAGUGAGCUCCAUCUUGAAUAGGAUGCAAAAUUCACAUAGCCAUGCAGUAUGAAACUGCCUGGCACUGAGAUUUGCAUAUGCAUCUGUACCAGAGUGCAGAAGCGAUGGUCUUCCGAUUCAGGAGCCUUCAAGCAGCCUUCUGUUGCCUUUGGCAAAGUGUGGUUGUCCAAGAGGAACAAGCAGACCGGAUUGGUGUCCUUGGUGGUUUUAAGAUUCCACGUGUAAGCACAACCUGUUUAGUUUUUUAAAAUGUCUCAGGAUAGCGACUGGCCUUUCUGUUUGCACUGUGAGUAAUAUGAGUAAUAAUACUAAAUUGCUUCCUCCUCCUGUAGGUAUUCCAGUGAGCUUCACCUUACUCGACUGAAGGGAACAGAAGGAGGCGUAUACACAUUUUUUGUGUCCAACUCAGAUGCCAACUCCUCUAUAGCAUUUAAUGUCUAUGUGAACAGUAAGUAGAAAGGAGCAGUCUGCAAUAUUUCUUUAUCACAGUUCACUGCAUUUAGCAAAACACAUUGUACAUGCAAGGCAUCACAGUGAUUAAUGGGCACCUUGUAAAACAUGGUUUUGCAAAUUGGGAGCUAGCCCCAGGUGUGAGCGCUCUUUCCUUUCUCUCAUCUCAAGAACAACCCCUCCUCUUUCCCCUUCUUGGCAUUAAACGUGUUUUUAGUUUUCCAUGCCGGCAGUGUUCUCUCCAAACUCUGGUUUUCGAUUCUCCUCUAUCUCCACUUCUUUACAUUAACCAUUGUCUAGCUAGCCAGUCAUGUUCUCUCAGAGUGGUGGUUUGCAGACCAUGGUUUCAAACUGCGGUUUUAGGGAUACCAUAGGAAAGGGAAGGGAAAACCGAAAAGAGUGUGCAUUGUUUCUUAAGACUGUUUUCUGGUUUGCCAAGUACUGAGUAAAUCUUGACUAGCCCUAUAAAUGUAAAAAAAAAAGUUCAACAUUCAUAAAUAUAUACUGCUGCAUUGUUGUUGUUGUUGUUUAGUCGUUUAGUUGUGUCCGACUCUUCGUGACCCCAGGGACCAGAGCACGCCAGGCACUCCUGUCUUCCACUGCCUCCCGCAGUUUGGUCAGACUCAUGUUUGUAGCUUCGAGAACACUGUCCAACCAUCUCGUCCUCUGUCGUCCCCUUCUUCUUGUGCCCUCAAUCUUUCCCAACAUCAGGGUCUUUUCCAGGGAGUCUUCUCUUCUCAUGAGGUGGCCAAAGUAUUAGAGCCUCAGCUUCACAAUCUGUCCUUCCAGUGAGCACUCAGGGCUGAUUUCCUUAAGAAUGGAUACGUUUGAUCUUCUUGCAGUCCAUGGGACUCUCAAGAGUCUCCUCCAGCACCAUAAUUCAAAAGCAUCAAUUCUUCGGCGAUCAGCCUUCUUUAUGGUCCAGCUCUCACUUCCAUACAUCACUACUGGGAAAACCAUAGCUUUAACUAUACGGACCUUUGUUGGUAAGGUGAUGUCUCUGCUUUUUGCUUUUUAAGAUGCUGAUACUGCUGCAUAGGAUACCUCAAAUUGGGUAGCUAAUGUGGUGCCUUCUAGGUGUUGCUAGACUACAAUUGUAGUCAACUCUACAGCCAUUGGACAUGCUGGCAGGGGCUGAAGGGAGCUGUAUUCCAACAGCUUCUGGAAGGGGGUCGCAUUAGGUAUCCCUGCCUUGAAUCAACUGUAUAUCUCAUUCAUUUUCAAGGGACAAGUUUUCCUGAGCUUAGACUAAAUACUUUAUAAGCUAUAAGGCCUUCAAAAUUCAGAAAACAUUAUUCCUCCCCCACCUACAUAUUUGGCAGAAAUGUAGUGGACUACUACUAGGUUACUUAAAACAAACAACCAGCUAACCUAGUUCUGCUGUCAGAAUAAGAUACUUAAUGUUAGCAAAUAUGCCAAUCUCUGCAUAUACAAUAUAACUCUAUAAAACAUUUGAAUCAUAUUCCCCUCUCUCAAAGAAUUCUGGGCACUGUAGUUUGUCAAGUGAUGCUGGGAAUUGUAACUCUGUGAGGGCUAAACUACAGUGCCCAGAAUUCUUUGAGAUAAAUGUGUGAGUUUAACAGAUAUAGUGUGUAGGCAGAUUAAAAGUCUCAGAAAUGGUAUGGUGCGCUGUGUUCAACAAAUUCAGGUAAGUAGCCGUGUUGGUCUGACACUGUCAAAAUAAAUUUAAAAAAUUGUCCAGUAGCACCUUAGAGACUUAAGUUUGUUCUGGGUAUAAGCUUUCGUGUGCAUGCACACUUCUUCAGAUACACUGAAACAGAAGCCACCAAGAGUAGUCCCAUUGAAAUGAGUGGACCUAACUUAGUCACAUUUCCUUAAUUUCAGCAGGUCUGUUCGGAGUACAUCUUAGCUGAAUACCACCCUACUGUCUGUUCUCAGCCGGCAAGACUUACAUGGUCUGAAAGGUUUUUGUAGGUUGCAGCUGUCUCUCUCUCCUGUGCAGCUGCCUUGCUUCUUCUGACUGACAGGGUUUUAGAAUCAACGUGUAAAUUAAGGAAGGAUUACUUGGUGCACUUGUAUCAUAGCCAGUUUCAGAGUGCACACAGCCCAUAUACACAUAUUUGGUGUUCAUUAUCACCUUUGUAUCCCAGGCUCCAACCAAGGACUGGAUUAUAUCAUUUUGACUUCAGUCUUGUGGGGGAGGUUAGUGGUUCUCAAACUUUUUUCCCUCUGGGCCACACUUUCAGAAUAAAAAUUUGCUCGCACCAUGCCAUUUAAAAAAAAUAUUAUUGAAAUACUUUGGGGAGAGGGGAGAAACAACCAGCAGUGUUUAAUUUAUAACAUAGAACUGCUGUAUGAUAUGGUCGUGGGAUAUCCAGAAAGUAUAAAACAAUGCAGGUACAGAAGAACAUGAAUCAUUCCAAAAAUAUAAUGAUAAACAAGCUUCUUGCACAUGUACCGUAAGUAUAUAUGUAAGCUCGAUGAGAGGCGUGAGCUUGCUUUUGCUAGGUAAUCUCAUUUAUAUUAGGUCUAAUUUGAGACAAGCAAACUCUCAUCUUCUCAUGAGCACAAAGAAGCCUUUCUGUUUUCUGAUCUUUCAUAUUGAAUCUUCCUGUCACAUUUGCCCUCCUUUCCUGCCACGCCAGGGUGGUGUGCCACAGCCUUUGAGAACCACUGGUCUAAGACAUAGCGAGUACCCCACCAUUAUUAGAAAUCUACACGGGUGAGCAGAUUUUUGAAUAUUACUGCUAGCCCAAGUCCUAGAAUCCCCUCCUCGUCCUCGUCCUCCUCUUCUUCUUGCUUUUCUUCCUCUGCUGAUGACAUCAUCAAAUAUAGCGAAAGGGAUGUAAUGAAACAUCGAUCCAAACAUGGACCAGUGCUAGCAAGUGUGGGCAGAGAUUAAAUUAAUACAGUUUAGUUUUGCUUGGUAAGUAGAAUGUGUGUAAAAUUGCAUAGAAAUAAUUCAAAAUGGUUGCCAAGUACUUACAAAUAUUUUUCUACCAAUAUUAUUUUUAUUAUUUAGCAUUAUCUGACAUUUUCAGAAGGUAAAAUUAUUUGGUUUCCCAAAAGCAGUUUAUGUGCUUCUUCAUCAAACAUAGACUUACCAAGCGAAAUGUUGUCCAGUCACAAAAAUAAAAGCAGAUUUGAAUUCCUCACACUCAAAAACAUGUUUUUAAGACCCCUCGCUGAAGAAAUCUGCAAAAACUAAGUUUCACCCUCUAAAAUGACACUCCCUACUCUCACAGCCUCAUUCUGGGAGCAUUUUUUUUUUUUUUAAUUUUUUACAGGGACUGGCUUGAUUCACUCCACUGUUUUUAAUUAUCCCCAAUAUCAGGAAAAAAACAACAAUGAGGCUAACGGCUAUGUAUUGCUCACUGCUUCAGCUGCAACAAAUUAAUUAUUGAACAUUUCAUUAAGCUGUUUUGCAUAGUUCCAUCCUCUUGUCAAUAAUCAGCCAUAAAGUGCUUUAAAUCUCUAAUUUCAUUAGUUUAUUAAGUGCUAUUGAGCUACCAGCAAGGCAGAUUCCGAGCACGGUUGAAGAGAGCUUAAAGAAGUUACUUUCCUACUUUUGCAUCUCCGUAGUCGUCACUUCAGCACCAUUGAGUCAAUUUGCAUUGCUUUUAUUGCCAGUUUCCUUCUCCCUCCUAAUUACUAGAGGCAAAUAAAUAUUUAAGAUUGCACGGUGGCAAUAUGUACAUUCUCACCAUCGCACUCUGGAGAGGAAUUUGUCACCCACAGGCCCAGAGCUAUGCACCGUGGGGCUGACAACUUCGGUGUGUACAUUGGAUAGUAAGACCGGAUGUGCCAUUGCCACUCCAGUUUGCAGCACACAGAGAGGCACAUUGGUUGGUGCAGAAGGUUGCACCAGAAGCUUCUGCUCUCAUGUGACAGCUAGGAGCAACCAGAGGAGAGGGUGGGUGGAGUGGACCUGGCCUCCUGGCAGGGCCAUCACCACUGCAGAGCAUUUCAGGGUGGUGGUAAGGUGUGGACGAUGCAGCCCAGCCAAUCCAAUGCUCCCGUCAUUGCACCCAAGCCACCCCAACCUUGCCUGUGCCCUUGCACCCACACCAUCUCAGUAUAUGGCAGUGAUGUCACUGCUAGGAGACCAGGUUUGUGGUGCUGCCCCUCUGGCAAAUAGCUACUCUAUCUGCCCAAUGUGGAACUGUUCAAGCAGGGUUACACCUGACGCUGGACCCACUGGACAUGAAGUUGCAUGUCUUGUUUAGCAGAUGCCAUCUUGGAAAAGAGUCAUUAUAUAUGUCUCUCUCCAGCCAGCCCAUGUUCAGUAUCCAUCCACCCACCCUUUGGUGACAGUAUAGGAGUUUUUCAUUUUUUUUACUUUUUGGUCUGCCAGCUAUGUUGGCACUGGAGGAAUUAAGGUUUUUUGCUUCUUCUGCACUGUUAACCCAGUUUAGACUUUCGGCAGCAUUGGUACGGGAUGCUGAUUAAUUAGAACAGAGGGACGACAUUUUUUUUGCAAUGGGUACAAUUGCUAACAGCAACAUUAUCCUGCUUAUCAAUAAAUAAGAGAUGCUAAUAUUAUUUUACUCGCUUAGGGGUGUUAACAGAACCACACAAUUCCUAUGCUUAAAAUAUUUAUUUACCCAAAGUGGUUGACGAAGGAUUAAAAUGGCUUUUAUGGCUUGGCAAGUGGGUGCAAAACUAUGAAAGAUUAAAACAAUUAGCUGGUUUUGUUUAAUAAAGUUGUAGACCUGGUUUAACCCACUGAUGAGUGUCUGGUCCCCUUAUGUCGUUCGUGCUCGCAUCACGAAUAGAAGCCGUGGCCAAACCUUAUAUGUAGCUCAGAAAUGAGCAGAGGCAGGAACAGAGUUCACCCCAGCGUUCUCUGAGUCAACACAAAAGCAACUGGAGAUACUGGUAAAAGUCUCUUGAGUUUGGUUGGGCUUGGAAACUUGAUUUCAGGGGCAUAUAAAAGCCCACCUCAAAGGAGAGGUGACCUUUACAAUUCCAGCCGAACUCAUUUCAACAAAUCCUGAACUCAUUUCAUCCUCCAGUUUGUUUACAUACCCAGGAAUGAAUCAAGAGACUGAAAAUGAAUUGAGUAAUCUUAAACAAAACUCCCUUGGCUCAUCUCUUUCACCCCAGGACCAACAAAUCUGAAGGGGUGGCUCUUCAAUAAGUAAUUUUAAUGAGGCAUUUAAAAAUGUAUUCUAAACUUUGGAAGACUUUUCAUCCUGAAAAUACAUCCAGUUCUGUAAUUAUUUGAAAUCCAUAUUUGCUGCCAAAAGCCCAAUGAAUAAACAGUUGAAACUGUUUUCUGGGAAUAUAUUUGCAGAACACCCAUUAACUUUGGUGACAGUUCCACAGACAGGAGAGCCAAACAGAACUUGGCCCUCAGUCCUUAUGCAGAUAGGUACAUUCAUUAUGUAUCAAGUAAUGGCUGCAGCUGCUUUUGGGUAGAAUGGUAUCUGAAAGUGGACUGUGUUGCAGUCAGUGACUUGUUCAGUCGUACCUGGAUCCUGGUGGUAGGAAUAGAGGACAUAAAACUAAUUUUAAAAUAGGCACACACCACGUGUGUGAAACACAGCAGACCUCAACAUAGUAGUUAAACAUUCAGUUCCGGCAGCCUCCUUCAAUCCAUAUAUAUUCUGUCUUAAUUGACUUGGCAUCUCAGAUGUCUGUGUGCAUGUUAUGUUACCAAGGCUAGUUGCAAAUGAAAAAGAAGUAGUGAAGGGAAUACCUAGGUUUUGAGUUUGUUUAGUCCCAUAGAUGAAAACGGGUCUCACGUCAGUUUCAAGCCAAGUACGCUGCAUAACUGAAUCAAGGAUUCAUAGCCUUAAGGCGUGUCUGCAUCAGCUUUUCAUUGGAACUAAGGAGCAAACUGGAUGAGAUGCUAUGCAUGCAAUUAGCAAUAUUUCAGUGGCUUUUUAAAAGGUAAAUAGGAGGGUGGGUAGCAUGAGCCAGGUUGGGAUCCUGGGAGAGAGGGUGGCUUUAUUCUGUUGUAAUCUGAGGGGUGUGGAGCAAAAUAUACAUUAGGGUGCUAAGUUCUGACAGAAUCGAGUAUACACUUAGAGCUAACACUAAAGACAUUACUUCUGGUAUUGAGUAUACACUUAGAGUUAAGACUAAAUACAUUACUUCUGGUAUCGAGUAUACACUUAGAGUUAACACAACAGUGGUAUCUCGGGUUACAUACGCUUCAGGUUACAGACUCCGCUAACCCAGAAAUAGUGCAUCAGGUUAAGAAAUUUGCUUCAGGAUGAGAACAGAAAUCGUGCUCCGGCGGUGCGGUGGCAGCAGGAGGCCCCAUUAGCUAAAGUGGUGCUUCAGGUUAAGAACAGUUUCAGGUUAAGAACGGACCUCCGGAACGAAUUAAGCACUUAACCAGAGGUACCACUGUAAAUACAUUACUUCUGGUAAAUAAUCCAGGGCCGUUAAAAUUUGUGUCCCAGACUUUUUAGACUCAUCUGCCUAUGCCCUAUCUGAAACCAAAGGGGUGCAUUGGUUGCCAGAUGUGAAUUCCCCCCCCCCCCAGCUCUCCUACCCCACUAAGGUUAGUAUCUACAAAAUGCCCUCUGCUGCAGAAUGCAGGAAUCACUUGGGUACGGGGUUGAGUAGGCAAAGAGGCAACCUUUUAGGUAUCCUGGACCCAAGCUGCCUAGUGCUUUGUACAGCAGUGCACCCUGAAUUUAGCCCAGUAGCUCCUUGGCAUUUAGGAGGCGCUGGCUGAAGUUCCCAAACCGUUGUCAAGGGCAGGCAGUUUUAGAUGUCGCUCUGUAAACUUGUGUUCCCAACGCAGCGUAAGAUCAGGCUGCAAAAUCCAGUGAACAGUCAAGUAUCUUAGGCAUGAUGGGGGCUGCGAGGAACAGUAUUCAUGAAUGCGAUUGCUUGGGAGUUGAAUAAAUAAGAGAGCUCUUCUCUUGCCUGAAGCUGUUUUUCCCCCUGACGCUCCCUCUGACCAGGAUGUGCAUGACCGGCGAGUUCGGCACUCAGUUGAGUCAUGUUGCGAAUCCAGCCUGGCGAUUUUGCAAAAGGGUUGGUUGGUUUGCUAUUUUGACUGAAGUGUUGCAUGCAAAUACAGAGGGGAAGAAGGAUUUUCAGUUCCUGUAACAUAAUACACACAGAAGCUAAGGCCCCUCCAUGCAUAAUCUCAAGACGUAUAAAUCAUCCAAUUGUUUAGAAGUUAUACACUUGGUAAAGAGCUGAUCUGUUGCGUCUCGACUAUAGUUUUAAAAAUACGUUUGUGAAUUUGUAACCUCCAUGGAGGCAAGAACACUUCCCUUGAGUGUGUGCUUGGCAUGCAUUGGCUCAGACAGUGGCUUAUGGAUGAAUUCAUGGUUGAGAGUUGUGCUGGAGAUCUCCUGGCCCAUAGCAUAUGCCGUUAGUCUGCUACAGCAUUUGAGCAGGCUGCUCUGAUCCCCUCAGUGCUUCAAGCGCUUCUGCUGCCUCCUCCUCCUUUCUCUGUCCAUAAGACUUAAUUAACCUUCCUUCAGCAGAGCAGUGGGUUGCAGUGGGUUCUCUCAAGCACAGGCAGUGGUUUUCCCCCACAGAGGAUGGGGCUAUGUUGAAGGGCCUUUUCCCUUUGGAAUUGACAGAAACAGAGAUUCUGGGGCCAGUAGUCUACAGAACGCCCUCUGCUGCAGAAUGCAGUAAUCACUUGGGUACAGGGUUGAGUAGGCAAAGAGGCAACCUUUUAGGUAUCCUGGCCCAAUGAAGAUGUUCCAACAGGGCCCAGGAAGAAUCUCACUGCUACCAUAACCUUCCCUCUGAUGCCAGUAAGAGUCUCAGCUUUUGAGAGGGAAAGGGAGGCAGUAGCAAAGUGCACUUUGCUAGCAUCCUCUGGGCUUUCGGCGAGUAUUUGAACUGAACGCUCUCAAAAACCCGGGGCUUUUGCAAGCAUUACUCUGAGUGCUCCCAAAGUCGAAGUCUUUGUUUUGCACUUGAGGAUUUGGAAUGAGUGGGACUGUCAAAAUUGCAUUGGCCUCAGUUCCUGCUAGAGCUGUCCAGGUCCUCCAUUAAGUAAAUCCUUACAGGAUGUUAUGGAAAAGUUUUGUCAAAAGUCUUUUCCUUGGUGUACCUGUUCUUCGGAUGCCUUUUCAAAGACAGCUAGAACAAAUGUCUGUAAAUCCUAUUUAUUGCUGCUGUCUUCCCCAUGGGCUCUGAUAAUAAUCUUUUAAAUGCAGCAGUGCUGCGAUUUCUUAAAUGUAAUAAAAGAAAGUGUCAUGUCUUGGAAAAGGAAGCAGAAGGCCACAAACCUUAAUCAACGGAGAAACUUACGUUAGGUAUGUAACAGCAUAGCAAGCCCGUAAUCUUCAUUUCACUUCACGGGAUGCCUCUUUGUAAAAAGCAGUUGAGCAGUUGCCCUGAAAUCUCUUUAAGGUACCUUAGCUCUACUCAUGCUAAAUACUGGACAUAAUUAGUAGCCUCAAGCAUCAGCCUUUUUCCCAACACCUCAGUUUCGAGUAGAAACAAGAGGUCAACUUGAGACCAAUAUGAACCUGCGGGAAGACUAUACAGUGGUACCUUGAUUCUCGAACUUAAUCCAUUCUGGGAGUCCGUUCGACUCCCGAAACGGUUUGAAAACCAAGGUGUGGCUUCCGAUUGGCUGCAGGAGAUUCCUGCAGUCAAGCAGAAGCCACGUCGGACAUUUGGCUUCCAAAAAAUGUUUGCAAACCGGAACACUUACUUCUGGUUUUGCGGCGUGUGGGAGCCGAUUUGUUCGGGAGUCAAGCCAUUCGAGAACCAAGGUACCACUGUAUAGGUUUAUGAAAAUCAAUGGUAUUUUUUUCUACUUCCUGUUUUAACUUCUUUACAUUCCUGUUGAGAUUGACUUGGUUGUUCCCCCCUUCUUCUUUUUUUGCAAGAUUUCUUUGUAACAUGUUGGCGGCAGGGGGGUGGAUCUUGCAGAGAAGCAGCACCCAUGGUUUCAGGACACAAAGCGGCCAUAGAACACCUAGUUCUGUCCUUCGAGUGCUGUUAACUAGCAAGACUUGCUGGGGUAAACAUUGCAAAAUGCUUUGAUGCCUGGGGAAAACGCUGGGCAUUUCCAAAGAUGAAUAUUAUGUUUCUUUUUGGACGUCCAACACAUGUUUACUCAGAAGUAGCACUGUGUUCAGUAGGGCUUACUUGUAGGGAAAGCAUUUGUCGCUGCCUUGGGGGCAGAUGCUUAAUUUAUUGGCAGACGUUGUCAACAUAUUUCUAGUAUUUGGGCCGAAGUAUGAAUGCACAGUCAUAAACAGAUCUAAGGAAUGACUGUAUAUCUGUCCGUUUUAUUUUCAGCCAAACCGGAAAUUGUUGCUUCAGACAGGCUUAGCAAUGGCAUGCUUCACUGUGUGGCUGCUGGUUACCCUGCCCCGAAAAUAGACUGGUAUUUCUGCACAGCAGCUGAGCAAAGGUGAGUGAGCCAGAUAAUUUCCAGCAUGCCUUUUGUCUUUGGGUUAGCUCUUCAGCGCAAUAAAUUAAUAUGCUCAGAAACAAAUGUUCAGAUGAGUGGAGUGUUUAUAUUGGUAGAAGGGCAAGGGCGAUACAAAUGAUAGUAUUUUUCUAAUAAAACAAAAUAAAGAAAUGCUGUGCCUGUACAUCAUUGUGCUCUACAGCUCUGAAUCAGCCACUGGAGAGUCGCUUGAAAAGUGAGGAAUGGGUUUGAUGGCUUGGUUUCCCAACCUUGCCUGCCCCCAGUGCCUAACAGAGGCUGUCGGCCAGUUGUGUUGGCACAAAAGUGUCAUUGAAAUUCUACUCAGUAUUGAUCCAGGGUAGAUUCCAAUGUAUAUUUAGCAGAGUAACAACUUGAACACUUUGCAGGAUUCCCAAAAAAGAGACCAGAGGCAAUUACAUUUUAUCCAGCAGAGCUUUACUGCUACUGAAGGCAGAGGAGCAUAAUGAUCACAAAUCCAAUACCUUCAGGAUUGGCACUAUCCAUAAGAAAUCCAGUUGCAGCAGACUUACCUUAAACUUACAAUAACUUGUAAUAAGUCUAAACCUUAACACUAAGCAUACCAUGUACCAUAGCUGUCAACUUUUCCCUUUUCUUGUGAGGAAUCCUAUUCGGAAUAAGGGAAUUUCCCUUUAAAAAAGGGAAACGUUGACAGCUAUGGCAUGUACAGAACACUACACCUGAAGGAAAAGAGAUAGAAAGAAAAGAUGAAGCCCAGGCUCCUUCUGGCCUUACAUUUAUAGUCAGCAUGACCUUGACGGGUAAGAGAACCAGUUUAAGCCAGCUCUACGCAGCUUCUCUGAAGGAAUAACCCAAACAUCAUGAACCUGCUGCUUGUUUCUUUCACACACAGAAGCUUCCAGAACCCUCUUGAAAUGGGAAAGAUCUCUACAUAUCAGAUCAAUACUUUCUGCACUAAGAAAUGCAGACUGACAAAAAGUCCCUUUCUCCAUAGGGCUGUUUAGGUGGAAACAUACGUAGGAGCUAUUCAGAUGAACCUUCCUACACACAGCCUCAGGGAACACGAGAAGUGGGCAAAACCCACCCCUGCUAGCAGAAGCCAGCCAUGCCCUUCCAGUAAUCGUGCAUAGAGCUAGACACAAAUACAACUCUUUGUGAUUGUUUUUAUUGAAUAAUAUAAUUUAUAAUGAAUUUCCUUUUUUUUUUACAAAUUAACUUCAAAUGGAACAGUUACAUCGUUUCAUGUAUUGACUUCCCACCUAUGCCUCAACAGUGUUUAUGUUCAAAACCUUUUCUACUGCACUGUCUUUCAAACUCUUUAUCUAUUACAGACAUCUGUCUAAUACAAUUACUUUAUCAUUUUUCUCCCACUGCUCCCUAUCUCGAAUGCUGCUCAUUUGACUGUAUUUUUUCAGUAUUUUUUUUCCAAAUGCUCCAGAAAAGCCCUCCAUUCUUCUAUAAAAAGUUCAUCAUUUCGAUCUCUUGAUAUUGCUGUCAACUUUGCCUUUUCGGCAUAGUCCUUUUUUUUUUUUAAGCCAUUCCCCCUUCGUUGGAACCUUCUCUUCUUUCUAUUUCCGUGCAUAUAACAUUCUAGCUUCUGUUGUCACGUACCUAAAUGAUUUGGUCAUUUUCUUUGGCAUGUCCAUCCCUAUUAUCCCUAUGAGAAAAGCUUCGGGUCUUUGGGGGGGAAAGCCCAUUUAAACAUCAUCUUCAUUUCAUUAUAUAUCAUUUCCCAGAAGCCUUUGGCCUUUUUUUUAACAUGUCCACCACAACUCUUUACAAUUGGGAACAGUUCUCAAAGAUAAGCCCUGGACAUGCAUAGCGGUGCACGUUUAGGUCCCUUUCACUGCACCUUUGGCCCUUAAGCCAGUGUGGUGUAGUGGUUAAGAGCGGUAGUCUUGUAAUCUGGGGAACCGGGUUCGCAUCUCCGCUCCUCCACAUGCAGCUGCUGGGUGACCUUGGGCCAGUCACACUUCUUUGAAGUGUCUCAGCCCCACUCACCUCACAGAGUGUUUGUUGUGGGGGAGGAAGGGAAAGGAGAAUGUUAGCCGCUUUGAGACUCCUGAAAGGGAGUGAAAGGCGGGAUAUCAAAUCCAAACUCUUCUUCCUCUUCUUAAGAAGCAUGGCAUAUGGAUUUGUCAGGAGCAGGGCUAACAGGUCUGGUUCCUCCAUGCAUAUUUGUGGGAAGGUUCAUUGGAAUAGGUCCCAUGUUUCCUUUGCCCAUCGGCUGGCAACUUAGGGACCAGUCAGCAUCUCUCAGCGAACUGGCUGAGGCUAGGAGGACUCCGCAUUCUAACACACUCACUAUCCUAAGUAGCCUUACUUAUGACAGGACUUUUCUGUUGUUCGCUUCUUGCUCUUUUCUUGAAGGAGUCACUAUAAUUUAUGACUAAACAUUAAGGGCCAAACAUGGACUUCAGAGGGCUUACACCCACCUGCAGUCGGGCUGUUCUUGGCCCUAAUGAUUUAACCCCGUAGAAUGACAAUUACAAAAUAGCUCCCGUGUAUGGCUAUUAUCUUUUGGAUUUAUCAUGUAAUAACACAAUUUUCCAGGACACAGGGUAAUUAGAUUUUCAUUUACACACAGUAGAUUAUAGGGUAAAUGUGUCUUGUAAGCUUGUGGGGGAAAAGAGAAUUAACUACAAAGGUAAUUACCAAGUUUCUAAGAAGAUUGUAUGUACUUUCCGUGCAGGUAGAGGAUUUGCAAACAAGAUUAUAAAGCACUUGCUUAUUUUGACAGUGUUCUAAAGACAUUCUUGCUAGCAGAUAAUGUGUUUCCUAUAUGAAUCAUUUUUCACAAGUUAUCCUUUCCUAAGUUUACUUUUGAGGUGUGCAUUUUUCAUCCACAGCAACGGGCAACAUUUCUCAACUCUGCAUAUGUGAUCCGUCCUAAAAAGGAUUUUAAAUUGUGACAUUGUAGUAGAUAAUGAAGAAAGAGCAUUCUGCUGGCUGAAAACCACUUUUAGGACGGCCUUAGUUUUCUCUGUAUCAGAAGCAGAGGUUCCUGCAGAGAGCCUUCAGGCCCAGCCCAAGACAUUUUGCUGCCUACAGCAAGACACAAAACAGCUGCCCGAUUCCAAUCCACAUAUAAAGAAGCUGACUGGACAGUCAGUCAGUUUUUAUUGUAUAUAGCCAGAGGCCUUUGCAAUGGACAACAGAGAAGAAAAGGAAACUUUCAUCUUAAAUCAUACACAUAACCUGUAGCAGUUUGCAACAUGAAAAGAAAUUUACAACAUUAAGACUUAAGAUUGGAGUGCAUUCACAUAGGUGGAACAGAACUUCUUGGCUGCAGGUGCAAAUCUAGCUACCUGGUGUGUAAUAUAUAGAUGUUUAUCUGCUAGGAGUUCAGCAGUCACUUUUUGCAUGAAUCAACCUGGAAGCCAAUUAAGAAUUGGCGCUAUAAAUUUUCCUCUAGGCGUUGUAUGCAGGGGCCAAAUAAGCAGGUAGUGUUUGAUGUCCUCUACCGAACUGCAUCCAUGUAUACUUUUGCGAUCCAUAUGGGGAAUUCCCCAAUAUCUCCCCUCUAAAUAUGCCAAGGGCAUCUGUCGGAAUCUUAAUUCUACAAAGGCCCUGCGUAGUUAUGGGAAGGUCAGAGUCUCAAGGUAAUGGGGCCUUGAGUGAACGGUCUUAAUUUGCUCAGAGAGGAGAUUUCCUAGAAAAUGGUGCCUGCUGCCAUCUUGGCUGAAAGUGCAACAUGGCACAAAGGAAAAAAUAGCCAUAGGGAAUGCACCACCAUUUAUGCUACUUUGAAAUCUGACAUUAAAUAUAUUACCCUUUGGAUUAUUGUAACGUUUUUAAUGAAUUGUCAUAACAGGCUGUGAGCAUUUUGUUGACACACUUUGUUUUCCUGUUAUAUGUAUUCUGAAAAUUAAUGAGAAGAGAAAUGGGAUAAGACCAUGAAAUCUAAAGUCAUACUUUGUGGAAGAUGCAAAGUAGGCUUUUAAGCAGAUUUACAUAAUUUGGGGCAUGUUGUGCUAGAGAAAUAUGUAUAUAUUUGACGUUAGACACUAUACAUGCACUUCAGGCCUCAUGUGGGUGGGGGAGACAGACAAAAAAUUAGAGGAAAACAUUUUUUCGAGAGAGGUUUUGUUUCACCUUUUUGGAAAUGCUGGAGAGUAUGAGAUAUUUUCCCUCUUUGAAUGGGCAAAGCUUUUUAAGAUGAGGUUUUACUCACUCAAAAUGUAUAGUACAUGGGGAUUUCCUGGGUGUCAAAAAAGGAUAUUUAUGUAUGCCACUACUGCGACCCAUGUUUUGUUAGUCCAAAAAUGGAAAACGAGUGAGGUCCCAACUAAAGAAGAAUGGCAACUUAAAAUGGUGGAAUAUGCACAGCUUGCAGACCUAACAUAUAGAAUAAGAGAAUAAGAGAACAAGAAGAACAUAAAUUUAAGGAAGUUUGGAAAACGUUUAUUGAAUAUAUGGGGGGGGGAUUGUGUACACCUGAAAACAUCGGCAGCAUUAAGAUAAAUUCAACAGUGCAAACAAUUUUUGUUUGAUCUAAUCAUGGAAUACUGAAUGGUUUAGUUUAUGUAAAAUAUGCAGGGAUUUAUGAUAUGCGAAAUGAAUCAUGGAAAGAGAAGAAGGGAAGUCAUUGACAUUUUAAGGUUGUUUAAAUGAAUAUUCUAAAGUGUAAAACAAAAAUUAAUUAAAAUUCUAUAAAAAACAGGGACACGGGUGGCGCUGUGGGUAAAAGCCUCAGCGCCUAGGGCUUGCCGAUCGAAAGGUUGGCGGUUUGAAUCCCCGCGGUGGGGUGCGCUCCCGUUGUUCGGUCCCAGCGCCUGCCAACCUAGCAGUUUGAAAGCACCCCCGGGUGCAAGUAGAUAAAUAGGGACCGCUUACUGGCGGGAAGGUAAACGGCGUUUCCGUGUGCUGCGCUGGCUCGUCAGAUGCGGCUUUGUCACGCUGGCCACGUGACCCGGAAGUGUCUCCGGACAGCGCUGGCCCCCGGCCUCUUGAGUGAGAUGGGCGCACAACCCUAGAGUCUGUCAAGACUGGCCCGUACGGGCAGGGGUACCUUUACCUAUAUAAAAAACAAAAUGUAUAGUACAUAGAUGUUAAUGUUAGACAGUCUAGUACAGCAUUAGGGAAUGCUAAUAUAGAUAUCAACAAGAUGCAUUUCUUCACCUAAAGCAGCGAUGGCCAAACUGGCCCUCCAGCUGUUUUGGGACUACAACUCCCACCAUCCCUAGCUAACAGGACCAGUGGUUUGGGAAUUGUAGUCCCAAAACAGCUGGAGGGCCAAGUUUGGUCAUCACUGACCUAAAGGGUGCUGCUAUUUUCCUGGCAUCAACAUUCUGGAUAUUUUCUCUCUUGUCCACCAAGUUGGCUCACCCAGGUGAAUUGUUUCUUCCAGGUGUUCAGAUUCACCAAACAUUUCACCAGUAGACGUGAAGACCAAUUAUAAAGAUUCGCCUUUUCCUCCUUUUGGGAAGAUAGUUGUUGAAAGCACCGUGGAUGCCAGCAUGUUCAAGAAUGGCACUGUUGCAUGUGAAGCUUCCAACGACAUUGCCAGGAGUGCUGCUUUUUUCAACUUUGCCAUUAAAGGUAACUGGCAGCCCGAGUGAUAUUUGAAACGGCAUACUGUGUUCAUGCUGUAAUCUCCCUGAGACGGAGAACACACCUUUUGGCUCAUACCAUAAUGCACUGUGUUCCUUGAUGAGUCAAGGGCCAAGUCUCUUAAUGCAAAAAUUUAAGCCAGGCUUCUUUUGUGUGUGUCUUUCCAGAACAAAUAAGCACCCACACCCUUUUCACUCCUUUGUUAAUUGGCUUUGGAGUAGCGGCAGGACUGAUGUGCAUCACAGUCAUCAUUCUUGUGUACAAAUAUCUGCAGGUAAGAAUUAUGCUUGUGGUUAUACCACCCACAAUCUUAUUUUUCCCUUUACCUCCGUUCACGGUUGUAUGCACUCAACAUGGCUGUGUCUCUCUUCCAGAAACCAAAAUAUGAGGUUCAGUGGAAAGUAGUUGAUGAAAUAAAUGGAAACAACUAUGUUUACAUAGAUCCCACACAGCUUCCUUAUGAUGACAAAUGGGAGUUUCCGAGAAACCGGCUAAGUUUUGGUUAGUUUACAUGUAUUUGACCUAUAGAACUCUGUGUCAGCAGAAUGACAUUGUUCCUGGAAGGGGGUGGGGAAUGUAGGACCAGUACUACUUUUUUUAAGAAAUCCUGUAAGGAGCUUGUGUCCUCUUCAGAGCAAGGUUAGGCAAGUGACCUUCUUUGCAUGUAACCAUGGCUUGCCAAGAACAAACAAGUGUGUGGAAGGGAAAUCACAGUCACUUCACUUCUCCCCUUGUUUUGCUGCUCCUGCACUAUCUAAAGCUGAGCUAAUAGCACGUCUCCUGCAGAUGAACUACAAGUAGAAAACCAAGAGCAAAUGUUGGUUACAACUCAUGUUUGUUGGGAGCAAGACAAACCAAAAGCCCAGGUUUGGAUGUAACACAAACCAAACCAUGGCUUAGCUCUGGGUAGCAUGGCAGCAGCAGGACCAGGGGAAGAUUUUAUUUUUUUUCUACUCCAGGUAUUUGUACAUUAAGCCAUAGUUUGGCUUGUUGUUAUGUGCGAACCAGGCCAAUAUAAAACCAGUCAAGAGUUCUCCCUAGCCCACAGACUGGUCCCCCACUAGACUUGCAUUGUGUUACACUGCGGCCUGUCACAAGCUGAGGAAAAUGGUGGGGAACUUUCCUGGAGGAAAAGCUCUGCAUUAUUUGUGCCAUGUUCUAAGUAACUCUGCUUCCAUAAUUUGUUGUUCUGCUUACAGUCACCUCCAAAUUACGUCACACAUACAGCUAAACCCCAGCAUGCAUUUUAGAUGCCUGUACAGUGGUACCUUGGGUUAAGUACUUAAUUACUUCUGGAGGUCCGUUCUUAACCUGAAGCACCACUUUAGCUAAUGGGGCCUCCCGCUGCCGCCGUGCCGCUGGAGCAUGAUUUCUGUUCUCAUCCUGAAGCAAAGUUCUUAACCCGAGGUACUAUUUCUGGGUUAGCGGAGUCUGUAACCUGAAGCAUAUAUAACCUGAACCAUAUGUAACCGAGGUACCACUGUACUUUGUUACUGAUUUUUUACCUGCAACUGUUGUCAAAUAGCGAAGACAUAGAGACAGGAGAGAUGGAGUCAAAGAGGGAAAGGUUAAGUCAGAUGUGCGGAACAAAGGGGAGCUGAGGGAAAAUAAGGAACUGUAACUUUGGGCCCCAAAAUAUUAACAAUAGUGUUGGACUUUGUGUAACAAAUUUGCUGCCCCCCCACCCUCUACCUAGAUUCAUGAAAUAAUGGAAUUGACAGCUACUCAGUGGGACACUAUUUGUGGAUCUUACAAUGGCCUAUCCCUGCUUUAAAUUUCUUUAAAAAAUAGGAAUUGGAUCAGGUUGCAUUGCUAAUCUGUUUAGUAGCAGCUCAAUGUUUGGUUGUUGUUUUUUAAACACUCUGAAAAUCCUUUAGGCAAGACUCUUGGAGCUGGAGCUUUUGGGAAAGUCGUUGAAGCCACUGCCUACGGUCUCUUCAAACCUGAUGGAGCAAUGAGAGUAGCUGUAAAGAUGCUCAAACGUAAGUUCCCAACACCUCCGUUGCAAGUUUUACUUAUUUAAAAAUAUCUCUCUUGCCCUGUCUUCCCAAGGGUUCCGAAAGCGACAUACACGCCAGAAGAUGAAAACCAUACCUCAUUGCUACACAUUGCCUUCAGACCCAAAUUCCUGCAUAAAUUGCCAGCUUCAAAUAUCUGAAGAGCUGCCAUGCAGGAAAUAUUAGGACACUAGUGCUCUGUUGUUCCAGAGGACAGAACUAGAAUUGGUGGGUGGAAAUUGCAGGGAAGUGGAUCUCAGCUAAACGUUAGGAGGCGCUUCCUAAUAGUACGACCUGUUUGAGAGUGGAAUACAGGCUGCCUUUGGAGGUGGUGGGUUCUCCUUUGUCAGAGGCAUUAAGCAGAGGCUGGGCAGGCAUCUGUCAGGGAUGCUACAGCUGCUUCCAACAUUGUAGAUACUUGAUUGAAUGCUGGGUUGGUCUAGAUGACCUGGAAUCCUUUCUGGUUCUGUGAUUCUAACUGGUAGAGUGUGGGCCUGGAAGCACCUCCUUGGGAAGGAAAUUCCAUAAUGAAUCUUCAGGAACGCUCCUUCCCACACACACACCAGUAGCCAUUUUCCCAGCUUCAGGAGGGAGUUUGAGGUGGGGUUGCCAUCCAAGGAUCUCCAAAAUAUGGAGCACAUUGUAUGACCAUAAGAAUGUAUCCCAUUUGUUAGAACACUGUAACUCAUCAGAUUAAAGAGAGUUUUUCUCCCAGUUAUUGUAUCCUUUACAAGUAAAUGUUCCUAAGAUCAGAAACCAGUGUGGCAAGCCUAGUUUUAAGCAGAGCCUUCUUGGAAGACCUGAAAGCACAUUGGGCCAGGAAGCAACCUGGAACACCUCGUGGUGUGUUCCUUUGCGACUCACUUCUCCCUUUUUAAAUCCGCUGAAUUUCUCAUCUUUCUCUCUCCAGCCAGCGCCCAUUUCACUGAGAAGGAAGCCCUGAUGUCCGAGCUGAAAGUCCUGAGUUACCUUGGCAACCACAUUAACAUUGUCAAUCUACUCGGAGCCUGUACAGUUGGAGGUACAGUUUUCAAUCUGUUGCUCAGUUUGGGGAGGUUUGAGGGGAAAGCUAGUAAUGUUCACACACAGAGAAAUGUCCUAUUCCGGCAUUCCGGCAUCUUGUGUGUCGGCAAACAGGUGAGGAGAAGUGGGGAGUGGUCUGUGCCGCCAAGCCCUGCCCCAUAUGGCAGUUCAGAGCCCUCCAUGAAUUUGAGGGAGAAGGUGUGAAGCAGAGAGCCUCCUCUGCCCAUGGAUAGUCCUCACAGGACAAAACCAGUGCUCCAAAUUACACUGGGAGCUUCCCUGCUUCAGGGCAUCAGUCUUAAACUUUAAACCAGUGGUUCCCAACUGGUGGAUUGUGAUCCCCAGGGGGUCCAUGGCACCAUUCACAUAAUGAAAACUACCAUAGAGAUAGCAAAAAUUUCAAAAGUUGGGGGUCCAUGGCUUGAAAAACAGGAGGUCUACGGGACUUAGCUAAUUGGGAUUCGCUGCUCUACACUGUGUACAGGUGACACAUUGGAGGGAGCUUGGUGGAGCAGCCCAUCCUUGCUACUCCUCAUGUGUUUGCUUACUCUGAAGGAGAUCAAACGCUCCAUUCUACACACAAGAGGAGGAGGCAUCUGCAGGCUCAGGGGGACCCCAAGGUUUGCAGAAGUACACAAAACCCACCGAAGGAAAAACCCACAGGAGGGCAGGAAGCAACGGGCAGUUUGAUGACUGAGCACACUUAGUGGCCGCCGGAUGUCCGUUGGGGGUGCGGGGGAAAGGGAACAGAGUGUCCUGAAAGAAGGCAAGCUUGACUGGGAUACUGAAAAGGAGACCUCACAGCCCCAAGAGAAGGCUUGUGCUCUUUUCAUAAUACCUCACCCAGCAUAAACAAGUGUAGUUAUUGCUAUUAUGGAAAAUAGUUCCGGUUCUGUGUGAGUGGAGAGGGAACUAUCCAGAAUAAGUAGCACUGAUACAGAACCCUAUAUUUGAAAUCUCAGGCAUCCGGUACUUGAAAUGACCUAGAGGCAGCCAGGCAUUCAGAAAAACACAUCUUUGAUAUAAAAACUUUAGAACCGUAGACGAUUUGAUUCUGCCCUUAAAUUUCCCUUUUAAUCAUUUGAAAAGUCUGGAGCUUCUAGCUUUCUGUCUCAGUAGAGAGUUCUGUCUGAAUGGUUCUCCCUCCCUCCCCCCAAUUACAUUGAAGACUAUAAUAUUUUAUAUCAUUUCCAAAACAUUACUAUAAGAGCGAGAAGUCUACUGUAAACACGAGUGAAUCAAAAGGAUUAAUGUUAGAAGCUUACAUUUGGAACAGAUAACUUCCUUCAGGAAGAGCUCCGGAAUGAAACAGAUGUGUCUGGUUUGCACCAUUAUCACAGGACUUACUUAAUUUGUGUGUAUGUGUGUUUCUUAACACUGCAGCCCUAUUGAUGUGUGAAAAUAAUUAAUUGGGAAUGACAUCGUCUUAAUUGGAAAUAAGGCUCAGUGCCUGAAUAGAGAAUCCGCUGAUGUAAUUUCACCCUGACUUUUCAAGCUGAAACACUACUCUAUAGUGUGAUUUGAAAUGGCCCAUUUUUGUACAUGUAGCCAAAUAAUCGAGGGGCUUUUUGUUUGUUUGUUUGUUUGUUUGUUUGUUUGUUUCUGUUUUUAAAUAUGCCUGAGCCAGAAUGGAAAAUUCACCCACUGCUUUUGACUUCCUCUGCAUCUGCAGGUCCUACUCUGGUCAUCACAGAAUACUGCUGCUAUGGUGACCUUUUGAAUUUUCUGAGAAGGAAACGUGACUCCUUUAUUUGCCCAAAGCAUGAAGAAACAGCUGUCUACAAGAACCUUCUCUAUCAAAAGGAACACAUGUAGUAAGGAUGUGGUGCCAAUAUUUGUGGUCAUUGCCAGGAAAUCACAGUGUACCUUUUGUGCGCUUGUGCAUUUGGGAGGGGAGUUGUUUUGUUGCUUUUCACAGCUUUGUACUCAUUUUGUGUGUGGGGUGGUUUGGGGGAGAGCUUUAAUUUAUCACAUUGCUUCUAUUUCAUGCUUCCGCUGAGGAAUUCAGGAUGGUGUACAUAGAGGCUGUCCUAUUUUACUAUCACAACUACCUUGUGAGGUAGUCUGGGCUGAAGGAUAAGGGGCCUGCCCAGGACUACUCAGUUAAGCUUAGAAGCUUUAAAGGAAUUUCAAUCCUGGACUUUGUGAUUCAAGUCUAGCACUCCCAUUCUGGCUGUCUUUUAAGAGAGCGCUCAGAUUAUUCCUCACAAACUUUUGACUGAGUCUCCCUGUUCCCUGUGGAUUAGAUUAGUGUUUCCCAAACUUGGAUCUCCAGCUGUUUUUGGACUACAACUCCCAUCAUCGCUAGCAACCAAGACCAGUGGCCAGGGAUGAUGAGAAUGGUAUGGGAUUAGGAACCCCACAGCCAAUGAAUAUUUGUUUCCAUUGGACAUCCCUUCCCGUUGUCUUGCAGCCUGGCAAAGUUAUGUGCUGUACAACUACAAAUUUGUCAGCCAACAAUCUAGAAUGCGAGACUGUGAGACAGUUGAUAAUAUGGAUUAAAUAAUUCUCUCUCAAAUAAAAAAAUGAUAUGUUCAUUCAGGUCAUCUUCUCUACAUAGCUGAAAACCUUAGUCACUCCUCAUCAUACAAACCGCUAGGGGUCCAGUGACCCAAGCCAACAGAUUCCCCAUAUAUUAUCCAACCUCAUAGUUCUUCUGUUUUCCACAUAGUGAUGCCACUGAUGAAUACAUGGACAUGAAACCAGGAGUUUCUCAGGUCAUCCACACCAAAGCCACUAAAAGGAGUCCAGGAAGGCCAGGUAAGCUGCCAAGCAGGAUUGGAAAAGAAAGAAGGAAAGUUCCUUUUUUGAAAUGGCUCCUACCUAUCAGAACAUGUCCAUUAAAAAACAACAACACCAGCCCUAAUUCAGUGUAUUAGAACUUUAAUAAUCUACACUAAAACGGAAAACAAUUUUGCAGUUUUCCAUUGGGUGGGCUCAUAUGGAAUCGCUUCAUGUUUCAAUAGCAGCUUAGGGGUAUUUCUGUGUUAAUUAAGUGCUGUGCUCUGUUAAUAGAAAAACUGCUAUCUUCCCAAAUGUUCAUAAUUAAUCCAUUUAUGUAUUGUCCCUACUUGCGUUGCGUAGGAUCGUUUGCUAAUCAGGAUGUCACCAUUGCCAUCUUAGAAGAUGAUGAACUGGCUCUGGAUAUUGAAGACUUGCUAAGCUUUUCUUAUCAGGUGGCAAAAGGGAUGAGCUUCCUUUCUUCCAAAAAUGUGAGUGGAGAAGUUGGGAAAUAAUAAUUUGUUCACCUAGAGGAGCACUAAAUUGAGCAUCUUUUUCACUGCUGAGUAAUUUUUGAAAGGAUGGGAAACCAGCUAUCGUCGGGUGGGAUGCAUUUGCCUCCUGCUCUUGAUGUUUUUACACCUUGGGAAUGUAAAAUAACAAUUCUCCCCCAGCAGGUACACCUCCCAUGGGGAAAUAAGAGGUUGUGGAAUAUGGGCAGGGAAUCAGCUAUGUUCUUCAGCCUGGAGAAACAGACCCUUUCCAAUCAUGUCGCUUGGGGAAAGGAGGAUAUAUGAUGAUAUUGUGACCUGGGAUGGUCCUUUGGCUUCCAGGUCAGGUGGAGUCUGUCUCAUAGAAUCAUAGAAUCAUAGAGUUGGAAGAGACCACAAGGGCCAUCGAGUCCAACCCCCUGCCAAGCAGGAAACACCAUCAGAGCACUCCUGACAUAUGGUUGUCAAGCCUCUGCUUAAAGACCUCCAAAGAAGGAGACUCCACCACACUCCUUGGCAGCAAAUUCCACUGUCGAACAGCUCUUACUGUCAGGAAGUUCUUCCUAAUGUUUAGGUGGAAUCUUCUUUCUUGUAGUUUGGAUCCAUUGCUCCGUGUCCGCUUCUCUGGAGCAGCAGAAAACAACCUUUCUCCCUCCUCUAUGUGACAUCCUUUUAUAUAUUUGAACAUGGCUAUCAUAUCACCCCUUAACCUCCUCUUCUCCAGGCUAAACAUGCCCAGCUCCCUUAGCCGUUCCUCAUAAGGCAUCGUUUCCAGGCCUUUGACCAUUUUGGUUGCCCUCCUCUGGACACGUUCCAGUUUGUCAGUGUCCUUCUUGAACUGUGGUGCCCAGAACUGGACACAGUACUCCAGGUGAGGUCUGACCAGAGCAGAAUACAGUGGCACUAUUACUUCCCUUGAUCUAGAUGCUAUACUCCUAUUGAUGCAGCCCAGAAUUGCAUUGGCUUUUUUUAGCUGCCGCGUCACACUGUUGGCUCAUGUCAAGUUUGUGGUCAACCAAGACUCCUAGAUCCUUUUCACAUGUACUGCUCUCAAGCCAGGUGUCACCCAUCUUGUAUUUGUGCCUCCCAUUUUUUUGCCCAAGUGCAAUACUUUACAUUUCUCCCUGUUAAAAUUCAUCUUGUGUGUUUUGGGCCAGUUCUCUAAUCUGUCAAGGUCGUUUUGAAGUGUGAUCCUGUCCUCUGGGGUGUUAGCCACCCUCCCAAUUUGGUGUCAUCUGCAAAUUUGAUCAGGAUGCCCUUGAGUCCAUCAUCCAAGUCGUUGAUAAAGAUGUUGAAUAAGACCGGGCCCAAGACAGAACCCUGUGGCACCCCACUAGUCACUCUUCUCCAGGAUGAAGAGGAACCAUUGAUGAGCACCCUUUGGUCUCUGUAGAUUAACAGAGCUGGCCUUCAGUACUAUGACCAACAGUCAGAGGAAGUGUUCUAAACUGGGGCGAUACUAUGGGCACCUGUAAAUACUGCUUUGUACAGUCGGCCUUUUUAUAUACUUUUAAAAAAGCUCUUCACCUAACUUUAUCUGCUUCAUACUAAAUGUUUGUACUAAACAACACCAUAUAACAACCCAAGCCACUUGGUGGAGGGCAUCCCUUUCUGGCUUCCUUGGAUCAUGGUGAACAAGAUUUAAGUAGGUGCAGUGGGUGGAAACCCCAAUGGAAAACAUUCCAGUUCGGAAGACAUUACUUGAAAGCAUAUUCCAUUGAUUUCCAUGGACCUUUCCUCCAAGUGACUGUGCCGUGAACAACAUUCUGAGUUGGCAGAAUCAAGAGAACUAGGGAAGGAAAGCUGUCCUUCCCUUUGUGGAAUCAAAUGGAAAUAGAAAUGGACACAAAGUAAAGCAAGGCGAGCUUACUAACUGUAGGAUGUUACUGUAGCUACCUUGGUACAAUCCAGUCUUUAUCCAAUAAGAUCCUGGUUCUCCUAUCCUCAAAAAGUCAUUUGGCUAUAGCCACAGGACUCCGACCAGUAGAUUAAGACCAAGGUGCCCAAAUAUAAUAGAAGUGCAGUUCUGCACAGUUGUAUUGGUGGUGUGCAAUGCAAAACAAUCAUAUUUGGUGUGUGGGUGUGUGUGUGUGUGUGUGUGGGUGUGUGUGUGUAUAUAUAUAUAUAUAUAUAUAUUAAUUAUAUAUAUUUUAUUCAAUCCCUUCAGUGCAUUCACAGAGACCUGGCAGCAAGAAACAUAUUGCUUACUCAUGGGCGGAUUACAAAAAUAUGUGACUUUGGCCUUGCAAGAGAUAUCAGGAACGACUCAAAUUAUGUGGUCAAAGGAAAUGUAAGUAUGUUUGAAUGCAACCUGUACCUCUGUGAAGUGUGUUGUGGAACUGCAUUUGACUCUUAGUGGCUGGAGUUCAUGCCUUUCAGCGUCUGUGUGCCAAAUAGCCUUUGCCUAGGGGGGCCAACUUAGAAUAGGAAUGGAGAGAUGGACAGUGGAAACAAAUUGUGCUGAUUUUCAGAACAGAAGGUAUGGAGGAGGUCCCUUCUGUCAUAGGUUCGUUUGUUGCAAAUGGCCUCCCCUCAGAUAAACUUCCUCUCAACUAAAUCUCUUCAUUAAACCUGUAAUCUCUUCCUGUGUGCCAUGUGUGCGGUUGAAACUGUCUCCUGAGGUAAGGAGAAUCUGACUCAUCUGAGGCUCAGGCAAAGAAUAUUACAUUCCUUCCUUCAAGUUUUACCAUCACUCCUUUUUCCCUUGAAAAAUUCAAUGUGAUAAUCAGGCACGAGCUGUGAUGACAGAAUACAUGCAGCACAGGCAAGCAAACAAGAGUAUGAAAGCCCCUUAAUAGCAUCUAAAUGUGCAAAGAAACUUAAGUGAGGACCAGGUUUAAUUUUGAAGCCUCAGACUAAUUAUCUGCAUCUAGGAUUUUUAACAUACAGGGCAACAGCUUGCAAGGGGGGCAGUAAGUAAUUGAAUUUCAUUUGCCUAGAUUAAGGGGUUUCUGUGUCCUGAGUUGCCUGAUGUUUCAUAGUGUGAAAGAGUCAGGAGACGAAUUGGCUGCAGCUGUUAGGAGCCAGGGAUGUUCCAUAAUUGUUUUUGGCAUAAUAUCAAAGCUGAUGCUAGGGGAACUCCAAUCACCCCGAAGAGUGACAGCAGCCAGCACCUACCUCCGCCUCCAGCAAAAAACAAUUCAAUCAUCCUUCGGUGAUCAAAGAUAUGGUGGCUUUUAGAUUAUCGCUCUAAUUCAAGGCUACCACUUCAUCUAAUUACACUAAACAGUAACACUAAUUGGUUUCCUGAACCCAAACAAUGAAUUGUGGUUGUACCAUACAAUGGCAGCCACUUGAUGAAACGUGAUCCUUUGAAGUGCAGUGAUUUUAACCUAAGAUUGCUCUCUAAUGCCCGAAACCAACUUAAAAGGGGUUUCAUUAGAGAAAACGAACUGCUUUGUGAUAAGAAAACUAGAAACGCGUAAUCAUUUAGGAAUUAUAUAGGCUACAGCAACAUUAAGAGUUAGACCGACUUCCAAGGUGCUGCUUUAAUCAAGCCCAUUGGAGAAUCCAUUGGGACGCCUGACUUACUAUCUUUUAACAGGAAGAUCCCAGCUAUAUCACAAAAUGUUUUGAAAAGUCCCUUCAGGUUCAAAAAUGGGGUGCCUGGGGCCCUGCUGUUCAAGAUGCAUAUCUAAAACCCACUUGAUUCCAUAAAACUAGUAAUACAGCGCUUGGGAUACUGGCCUUAGGUUGUUUCUAUUUUAUAAGAUUUUUUCAUUGUAUUUAUAAGCAGUUUCAAACGGUUCAAACUACUCUGAACAAAUAAAAACACAAAGUACAUUGUAGCAUAGCCGUGGGAUACUAUAAAACAGCAAUUGGAUAAAUAGGAUCAUCAUCAUGGCUAAGUGUGUUGUGAUUCUUUUUUAAUCGAUAUGUUGUGCUCUCUAGAUGUUGUUGACAACAACUCCCAUCAUCCCUCACUAGUGGCCAGGCUGACUGAGGCUGAUGGGGGGAGUCCUAGACAACUUUAAGGCACCAGCGCUAUAGGCAAUACUGAGUACGUUUGGUUGCCAUGAUUGCCUGAUUUGUCUUUCCUUUAGCUGUCUUUCAAUGCAAAAGGUGUAGAAGUUUGGCUACAUUUUUGUAGAAGCAGGCCAGGGAUUUUAAUCUAGGUGGGUUCUAAGCAUUUCAGAAUAUAGUCAGCCAGUUUUAUUGCACAUAGCCAAAGGCUGCCGCAAUGCACACAGAAACAUUCAACAGUUAAAAGAAAAUAUACUGGAUUGAUAGAAAAAACUUAAAACAUUUAUACUAUCAAGACAUUACCUACUUUAAACAGAGCUAUAAAAGUACCUUAAUAUACAAAUUAAGACAUUAAACAAUAAAAUUUAUAAGCUAAAAUUAUCACAUGGCCACUAAUAUAUUAAAAAAUAAUGUUAAUUAAUACAAUGUGCAAUUAUAUUCGGAGUUUGGUGAUAAUAUCACUUUCAUUUUUGUUACCUGGAUUAAGCUCCUACCUAGAGGGUUUUGAAACGAACCCUUUCCAGUGCCUUGGUGGCAUUGUCUUAUGGCAAUGAAUGCCCAUCUCUAUAGCUGCUAUUUCUGAUAGGAAUGACUUUUUCAAUGAGCUGUGCAAUCCUGUCGCUGGCUGCUGGCAGGGCUUAAUGGAGCAAUGCAGCCACGUCUGCAGCCCAGCUGGCUGGGGCAGAAGUUGAAGGAGCAAGCAGAUCCCUGAACCAGUCUGGAGGUAGCACAGCAACUGGACCGAAAUCAGGCCUGAUGUAGUCAUGAUGGCAGUGGGGUUGGCUCAGCCCCUGCCCGCCCACUUAAUGCACUCAUUUUUCAUUUUCCCUUCCUUUCUCUGUAAAGGCACGACUUCCUGUGAAAUGGAUGGCACCUGAAAGCAUUUUUGAAUGUGUAUACACUUUUGAGAGUGAUGUCUGGUCUUACGGAAUCCUGCUUUGGGAACUGUUCUCUCUAGGUAAGAUGCAUAUGGCUAUCAACUCUUGUAGUUUAUACAGAGCUACAACAAUUACUUCUUGGAUCUUUUGUUUCUCACAUUUAACCAAACCUGAUAUGAUAUAUUAACAGACAGCUCUGUGUUAACAGGAAGCAGUCCCUAUCCUGGAAUGCCUGUGGAUUCCAAGUUCUAUAAAAGGAUUAAGGAAGGAUACAGAAUGUUUACUCCAGAAUUUGCACCUGCUGAAAUGUGAGAGGCCAAAUUUAUAACAACGUUGAAGUGGAAAAUGUCAAACUUCUAGAUUUAAGCUUCUUGAUUUAAGCAGUGUAUUUGUGUUCUCCUGCUCAAAGUUGUAGUCAUGAAAUAAACUGCAACUGAAUAUUUACAAAAUCUCCUAUCACUGCCUUAACUGCUGGUCCUAGAUUCAUUUACUUGGAAGUUUGCCCCAGUGAAAUCAGUACGAUUGAUGUCCCACAUACAUGCGUGUAAGAUUGGGAUAUUAGUUUGCAUUAUGCUCUGUACUCAAAUUUCUUUAAAAAUAGAAAAACAAAAUCUGGCCACAAUAUGACCCAAAGCACGCACCCAGAAAAUCUGGAUUUGGCAGUGUGAGUAAAUGAAGCACAUGAUCUGUGAAUUUUGAUCUGGGUAGCCCAAGCAGUGGUCCAGCUCUCUGGGGCCAUGUUCUAGCAUUAAGGUGAUGGCCCCCUCCCAAAUUUGUUUAUUUUGAACAAUUGCACUUAGAUUCUGGAGAGGUGAAAUGACAUAGACUGGACUCCUCACUACACUGCAGCCCCUAGAAGUCCUGCCCAGAUGACACCCCACAUGACCUUUUGAAAUUUUGGAAGCCAUUGCUGAUGAACUUCCGAACCUGUCUUGAAACUUGCAACCGGUGCAACAUGAUCACAGAAGCAUUAGAUCUAUACAACUGACGAAUUAAGCAAAUGAUGAUGAUGAUCAGAGAAAACAAACUUGUGGAAUUUUGUGUCCCAAAGUUAGCUAGUUUCCGUUUGAUUUUCUCGUCGUAGCUGAUGGGAUGUUGUUGAUAGCCAGCAGGCCAUGGCUGUCAGAUGACCUUAGCAAAAUAAUAACAACAAGCCUGUGGUUACGUGAAACAUACUCAAUAAACACACAAGACGUAACUGGCUGUACUUUUGAAUAAAUAACCCUUCAUGUGUAUUAUUGGACUCUAUGAACAGACAGGUGGAAUAGGCACUUAUACAUGUAUGGACCUUAUGCAUGAAUUGACUAGAGAAUGAACUGAUCCACUGGGUCUUCUGCUUUUUUCGUUGAACUUUAUGAGACUUCCGUUGGAAUCUACAAGUUGAUACAAUGAAUAGUAUACCUUAUUUAUUCAAAAGUACAGCCGGAUAUGUCUUGUAUGUCAGAUGACCUUGACAGCAAGGUGUUCAAGAUCUGAUGUUCCCAUAAGUCCUGCUCUUUUUUUCCUGCCAACAGUGUGCUAGACCAUGGAUCUAGAUCUAGAAGGGUAGCGUCUCUGCUCAGAAGCAAAGAGCGUGCAUGGAAAGGGUGCACUAAAUAAAGAAAGAGGAUGGGAACAAAGGGCUAGGGCUACUUGACAGCAGAAAAGCGAGGUGUCUAUGAGAGAUAGGUUUUGAAAGAAGUUGAGGUGUUCCAUGGAAUGUCCUUUGAUGACAAAGGCAUAUCAACUCACAGCACCUGCAUGGUUGAAUGUAAUAUGGGGUCUUCUCAAAAAUAUGGCAAGGCAAGAUCGGAACUGAGGACAUAGGCCACCAUACAGCCCCAGGUUGUUGUUGUCUUUUUAGGAUUCCACACACAAUCACUAUAUUUUUUAAUCUUUCUACUUAUUCCAGUAAACUUGGUUUGCUUUAAAAACUGCAGUAAAAUAGUAUGCAUUUCGAUGCCGUAUUGCUCAUCGUUGCUCUACAUGUUACUUAACAUUUCACCGACUGGCUGAAAUCUCAGUUGAUAAAUUUCUGACCGCAUUUGCAGGUAUGAGAUAAUGAAGAGCUGCUGGGAUGCUGACCCCGUGAAGAGGCCGACUUUUAAGCAAAUUGUACAAUUGAUUGAGCAGCAGAUUUCAGAUACCACAAACCAUGUAAGCACUGAGCCUUCCAAUCUGCCUUCUCGAUGGAGAUGGGUGCUGAGUGCCCUUGUUUAAUGUCGUUACGCGCCGUAAAUGGGUCUCCCUGCCCCCAAUUUCCUCUGCAUUAAAUGCCUUUCUCAGUUGCUUGAAAGAGUAGAAAUGAAAAGAAGUUGUCACCAAAUACCGUUCCUGUUUUUGUAUAUCUUGAUGCAGGAAUGGCACUUAGCAGAUUUUGGCUCAAAAUUAGAAGCCUUGUGUUGUCAUAUUGGCUACUUGCAGAAAUUCCAGAGUAGAGGGGAAGUACACAGCCAGACAACUGACCAAAAAAUCAGGGACAGCAAGUGGGAUAAAAUUGGAAGGGAACAGCCACAGUUUCUUAAUGAGAAUUGGGGUUUGUGGAGUGGUGACCCCAGAGCUGUUAGAUGGCAUGGAAGCACUUCCAAGGCACUUUUAAACUUUAUGUAAGUCACACUGGAGAUCCUUAUGGAUCAAAAGAGAUCAAAUAAUCUAGACUGAAGUGAGAAGCCUACGAAUGUUGCCAUCUAAUGAUGUUCACUGUGCUUUUUUUACUAAAUCCAAAGCUUACUGUUUUUUUAAAAAACGGAACAAAUUUGAAAGCUAUUUUUGGUUUGUAUCGGGGUGGGGAACCUCAGGUCUAUGGACAAAAUGCACCCCUGGUUCUGAUCCAGUUUUCGUGUGUGGCUGGAAGGUGUCCUUUAAUUACAAAAAUGCCUCUAGCUUAGAUUCAUAGAAUUGUACAGUUGAAAGGGGUCCCGAGGGUCAUGUAGUCCAACCCCCGGCAAUGCUUGUCUGGAUGGGGAGAUGUGCCAUGUAGAAACCCCUGACACUUUCACAGAUGGAGUGAAGCGAUAAUUGAAAUCCAGGCAAGAUGCUUGGAAGUUCCUGCAAAGGUGCAAAUAAAUAAAAUAAUAAAAUAAGUUAAGGGAUACAGUGGUACCUCGGGUUACAUAUGCUUCAGGUUACAGACUCUUCUAACCCAGAAAUAGUGCUUCAGGUGAAGAACUUUGCUUCAGGAUGAGAACAGAAAUCAUGCUCCGGCGGCGCAGCAGGAGGCCCCAUUAGCUAAAGUGGUGCUUCAGGUUAAGAACAGUUUCAGGUUAAGUACGGACCUCCAGAACAAAUUAAGUACUUAACCCGAGGUACCACUGUAUCUCUACAAUUGUAAAUGGGAGCAAAAUCCAAUAACAAACAAUUGGUCGUGACACAAGUUUUUGUAAUCGCGAUCCAUGGGGCAGGUAGUUUGUUGUCAUUGCAGUCGUUCAGUACUGAUUGCGUUCUUGUAUCUUUCUCCAGAUUUACUCAAACGUUACAAGUGGCGUUUGCACUCAAGGAAAUGCUCCAGAUCACUCGGUGAGAAUAAAUUCGGUUGGCAGCAGCGCUUCAUCGACUCAGCCCUUGCUCACACAUGAAGUUGCUUGAGAGGAGACUCGUCCAGCCUUGAUGAAGAAACCACUGUUGUUGUUUUCGAAAUGACUACUGGUUGUUCGCAGCGUAUUCACUACUAUGCUGAGGGUAGUAGGAACAUUGCAAUGAUAUUCUUGCUCUGUCCCCCCCCACCUCUCUUUUUGAAAAUCACAUCCUGUUAAAAACAAAAGUAGGUUACCCAUCACGGUUAACAAUGUUGUUACACUGUUUGCUAGAAUCUGUGUAUAGUUGCUAUGUUAAAUGCGUUUGUAGUGUAGAACCAGAUUUGGGAGUGGGAAAACAACCUGUUUAAAAUCUUUGGUAUGGAUUAGAGAUGCAUCCAGUGGCGUAGGAAGAGGGGGGCAGGGGGAGCGGAGCGCCCCGGGUGCCAUCUCUGAAGGGGUGACAAGAGGGCACCCUGCGGGGGUGCCAUCGCGCCUGCAGCCGCGGGCAAAAGAUCCUCCACGCAGCAGCGCCUCUUGGUCUCUCUUGCGCGCUACAAGCCUAGGUCACAUUUCUCUCCCCAUCCCACCUAUUGGGCUUUUCCUUCUUGCGCUGGGUAGGAGGUGGGGCUGGCGACGUUGCCGCCUCCCUCUUAAAGGCGCAGUGCCAAUUCUUGCUGUCAGGGCAGAAGCGAAGAGUAGAGCGCCUUGCCUCCCUCGCGGCUGCACCCUUCGCUGUCAGCGAGCAGCUCGUCCUCUUCCUGUCUCCCUCCCCGCCCCCCAGCUCUGGAUACUUGGGAGUCGUGGGGGGCGUCGGCAUGCCAUUGCCCGAGUCCUGGCUGGAGCCUGGAGGAGUAGGCAGGAGGCAGGGAGAGGACGAGAUUUGCUCGGCUUUGCUGGCAAAGAUGUGCAGCUCCCCCACACACACCCCUCUCUUUCUUUUUGCUCGGCAAAACUUUGGGGGUUCUUACUUUUCUUCCAUUUUCUUUUUUGCAAAAGCAUGUGGGGCGUCUGAAGGCUGGAAGCACUUGUAAGAAGGUUCAGGGGUUUGGUUUUUCCUUUUGCAAAACCGUCACUGUUUUCUCAAAGGGAAAACGCCGCAGGCAGGAGCAGGGGCAGUGGAAGAGGUGGAGGAGGAAAGAGUUUUUGUACAGAGAAUGGAGCGCCCUCGUGGAGAACCGGGUGGUUUGUGUGUGUGCAUGGAGAGUAUCCGAUCAGUGUCUGCAAAAACUCUUCAACUUUGCCCCCCCAAAAUAAAAUUAAAAAUUCUAGCGGGGAGUGGGUGGGAGAGAAGAGGGGGGGAAAGCACCACGAGGAAAGAAGGAAAGCAGGAAAGAAGCGAGAGGAGGGCAGAACAAGAAGUGUUUUCCAGGCUAUGGAAAAGCAAGCAAGAGGCAAGGGAGUUGGGAAAAGGAUCUUUUCUCUGGUAACGUUCAGUGCAACAUUGCGAGAGAGAUCCAACUUCUUUCCUGCCUUUUCUCUCUGAAUGGAGGUGCUUCUGCUGCUUCCCCCCUCCCCCCGGUCUGGCUUUCUUUAAAGGACACACACACACACACACUAACCUUUUUUUUAAAAAAGUUUUCGAAGGUUUCUCCUCCCAAACCUGCUUUCUUUUACUUUUACAUGCUUCUGUUCCCUCUUGAUCCCAAAAUGGCAACUUUCCCUAUUUUCUCUUUUGCAAACUCCUCCCCACAUCUGCUUCCCCCCACAAAAAAACCCCUAGCGAUUUUGGACUCUGUAAACUUAGGUUUCUUUAAAAAACCCACCACAGAAAUAAAACCUGAUUUCAAGUGCUUGUAAAAUGACAGCUUUUGGUGGGAAGGGAUGGAUUUGUUUGGAGGAAAGCCGGGGUAACGCGUGCUAUUGGGGGGAGAGGGUGAGUUCCUGUUUCUUUAGGAACAAAGAGAAAUCUGUCUAGGCAUCUGUCACUCAGUGAAAGAGACACGAGAAACUUUUUGCGAGAGCGUUUCUUGUUUUCCCAUUGCUUUCAGCCCUUGGGUGCUGGGGACCCCUCUUUUUGGGGGGAGGAAGUCUCUGCUUAUUUCAAGUCUUGCUUGAAUUCAAACGGAAGAAAAUGAAAUGUUUGUUCUGCUUUUUCUCCUCCCCCUUUUUUGCCCCCGUUUGGAUCCAUUUCCAAUUGUAUUCUCUUUGUGUAGAAAUGGUCUCAGCAGAGGAGGCACCUUGUUGCUGUUUUAACUUCCUUUUGCUUGCAUUUUGAGGUUGGGGGUGGGUGGGUGUUUUGUCAAAGUGGAUGGUACGUGGGGCAAACGUAGCCGACCAAAAAACCCCCAAAGCAAACCAAAAACAACCCGUGCUUUUAGCCUGAUUCUCCUCCGUCCUUCCUGAAUUGUUUGCAUUAAAAAAAAAAAAUCUUAUUUUGCUCUGGGCUGGAUUGUGUCAUUCCCAUGUGCAGCUGGUGGUGUGGGGAGUUCAGGGCCAGGAGAAAAUGGCAGCAAAAAAAGAGGCUCCUCCUCCUCCAUCCCUGAGGAGUUGCAGACUUGAAACAGGAAAGUGAGAGACUCCUUCACGUAGCCAGCAGCUCCUUCUGCACUGGCAUUGCUUGGAGGACUAGGAGAACGAGGAUCCAUUUGCUUUUGCAGAUUUUAAAAAAAUAGGUACAAAGUCUUGCCCCUUUCUUUCCCUCGGGGGGGGGGGGCGUAGAGGAGAGGCGAAUGCGCCCUUGCAUUUCAAUGCACUUGAAUUCUGCGUGUGCGCGCUUGAUGGGGUGGAUACAGACAUGUUGCUCUCCGAGUGCCUUCCUCCAAACAAACCAUGCGGCGCCGUCGGUGGGAUCCCUGCGCUGCCGCUGCAGGUGCAUGCAGAGAAUCCCGCCACCGUACAUACGGCACACGCAUGUGCUGUACGGACGGUGUGCACAUGCCCCACCAGGCGGUUUGCGCCGCCCCGGGUGCCGGUUCUGCUUCCUUCGCCACUGGAUGUAUCUAUCUGUAUAUAUUAUAUAUAAUGCCAGACGUCGAGAGCUCUGAUUCUAGAAAAUAGGUGUUUAUGUUUGGAAAUGAAUAAAUGCAGAUAUCUGAAUCGAUUUCCAUUACUUUCCCAACCUGAGAAAUGUUAGAAAUGCAAGCAAAAAGCAAACGUAUAACAUUCCAAAUCCUGGAGCAAAAUAGACCACUUGACCAGAAGGGAAUGGAAAGACCCUGAAUAUUGUAGCACCUCAGCUUGAGCAUCUGAGAUGUUGGGCCACCUCUUAGGACAAGGGUGGGGAACCUGUGGCCCUCCAGAUUUCCAGUUCCUAUGAUCAUAGCCAAUGGCAGAAAAGAGUCUAGCAACAUCUGAGUGGCAGUUCUCACCUGGUUUGUCCCCCUCUUGGUGCUUCUGCGUUCUAGGUAGAAGAUACCUUGGGGCAUGGGUGGGUGGGGCGCAGAGAGAAGAUUAUGUUCAUGCUUCAUUUUUGAAUGCAUAUGUUCACAUUCAUGUACAUGUACCUAUAUUUUGUAACCUGUGAGUGGCUGUCCCGUGGUUGGUUUUAAUUAUUUUUCAUAGCUUCAUCUACUUUGGAAGGUCUCUGCAUCCCAUUUCUUCCACGGCAUAUGCCAGGAAGAAGAAAAUUCUCUGCUGGGUGGCUAUUUCCAAGUUAUCAAAAUAAUUGUGUCCCCAUUGACUACUGCUUCUCAGUCUGGUGGAGAAAUGUGUCUUAUUUGCAUUUCACAACAUACAGUUUUAUGUUCUCUGUAAAGCUCUUGUAGUCUGAUCAGAGACUAGGCAAGGUGUUAAUGGUAUGAACUAGGUACCUUCUGAAGAAAGCUGCUCGUUUUUCACAGCUUUUAUUACCAUCAACAUGAUUAUUGUUUGUAAAAGUCCUUUUCUUUCCCUUAUUCUUCCCCAAGUAUCUCCUGGUUGCAUUUUUCUACACAACCGUGAAAGCUUUCUGUAGAGGCCCACAUAACCACGUCCUGGGGAAGGGCUUAUCCCUCUGUAACAUUAUGUACUGCAGGGAUGGCAACACUUGAUAAAUAACUUGCUUGAGGUUUGUGGAUUUUCAUGUUGGAGCCAAGCGAAGUAUAGCAGGUAGAUUUAGGAAUGGCAUAUCGAUAUUGCUACUGUUGUUCCAGAACGCAUCCUUAUUGUCCUAGACCAUAAAAAGAUGCUUAAACAUUCUAGACCCUUUGUUUUUUUCUAAAAGAUCCAGUUUUCCCCAAAGGAGCGAAAAUCUAGAAGAAGGCAUGUGGUUAAUAGACCAAUUUUGAAAUAGCUAUUUAUUUAUAGCGCAACAGCAUUUCAGCACCCUGUUAUUUCAGCACUCCGUUUGUUGAGUUUACAUUGUUUCGUUGGAAGUUGCUAUUUACCCAAAUGCAAGAUAAUUUAAAAAAUAAAAUACACUGCUGGAUUCCUCAAAUUACACUGAAUACCACUCACUUUUACUGUAUGAUCUGAUCUAUAACUACAUUUUCCUCCAUGUCACUUGGGGCUCUAUUGCUAGCCAGUCUUCACAGUAGACACUUGCACUGGAGUUAUUUACGCUGUUGCACCUUUCUGAAGUUUGGGGGAAGAAGGGCUCAGUCCAAAAUCCACAUAUGCAGGGGUUUCCCAUUCUCUUCUGUGAAGGGAAACUCUCCCAAAAUGCACCAGGUGUUCCCAUUGCACAUGCAGGUCAUCUUCCUGUUCUGAGAAUAGGGAAGCCUUGGCUUCUAUCCUGCACCUGACCCCAACUUCUAAGGAUAUUUCCAACACCUUUUUGGCUCCUAUAGCUGUCGGAAGGCAUAAUAAUUUUCCACACCGCGGUACUUCAUUGGCACUUAGAUGGAAGACUUUAUUCCUUUAAAUGUUGUGAAAAGUUAUAUUUUUAUAAUUUUUUUUGAAAAAUUAGUUUUGCAGCAGCUUGAUAUUUUCAGGUUUGUAGCAAUAAUGUCUCCUCAACUCCUUUAGGUUCUUGAAAAAUAUUUUUAUAUAAAUAUAUAUAUAUAUAUGCAAAGCAGCUGUAUGUAUAAAUAUGUG